UCAACAAUUUUUCAGUUAUCUGGUGGCGCCCAGUUUUUUAUUGGUGGAAGAGAGAACCCAGAUACAAUGUACCUGGGAAGAGACCACCGACCUUCCUAAAGUAUACUGGGAAAUUUCUCACUUAGCGGCGCGAUCGAGAUUCGAACCCGCGCCGACCAGAGGAACCCGGUAUUUGCCUGUGUUCCUAGUAAGAAAUAUUUCUGAAUUUGUGUUGGAAAAUCUAACUCAGUCUGAAAUUCCAGUUAGAGAAUUUCAACCCAGAGGAAAAGUCAACAGACUUUUUCCGAUGCUCAUAACAAUGAACGUCAGCGGGGGGUCUCAGACCAGCGGCGUGGUGCUGAUUGUUCUACUUCUGUGUGGUGGGUGUCACGCUGAAACCACGAUAGAAUCCACUACCACAGUUGCAACAACGAUAGAAUCCACUACCACAGCUGAAACCACGAUAGAAUCCACAACCACAGCUGCAACCACGACAGAAUCCACCACCACAGCUGCAACCACGAUAGAAUCCACCACCAUAGAUAUGGAUGAAUGUGCUGGGGAUCCUUGUCAAAACAACGGAACGUGUUUGGACCUUGUAAACAACUACCAGUGUGAUUGUGUCCCUGGUUUUGCAGACACCAACUGCUCAACAAAUAUCGAUGACUGUGCUGACGGACCAUGCCAGAAUAAUGGAACCUGUGUAGACCUCAUCAACGAUUACCAGUGUGUAUGUGUGAUGGGAUUCAACGGCAAAAACUGUACAGUCGAUAUCGAUGAAUGUGUUGACCAACCAUGUGAGAACAAUGGAACAUGCGUGGAUCACAUCAAUGCUUACGAAUGUCAAUGUGCACCAGGAUUUAAUGGAAUCAACUGCACGCAAAAUAUCAAUGAAUGUAGUGACCAACCAUGCGAGAACAAUGGAACAUGCGUGGAUCUCAUCAAUGGCUACAAAUGUCAAUGCGUGGCAGGAUUUAAUGGAACCAACUGCACAGAAAAUAUAGAUGGAUGUGUGGCGGAACCUUGUCAGAACAAUGGAACAUGCAUAGAUCAAAUUAAUACCUACCAAUGUCAAUGUGUUCCGGGAUUUAAUGGGACUCACUGCGAGAAUAAUAUGGAUGAAUGUGCUGGGGAUCCUUGUCAAAACAACGGAACGUGUGUGGACCUUGUAAACAACUACCAGUGUGAUUGUGUCCCUGGUUUUGCAGACACCAACUGCUCAACAAAUAUCGAUGACUGUGCUGACGGACCAUGCCAGAAUAAUGGAACCUGUGUAGACCUCAUCAACGAUUACCAGUGUGUAUGUGUGAUGGGAUUCAACGGCAAAAACUGUACAGUCGAUAUCGAUGAAUGUGUUGACCAACCAUGUGAGAACAAUGGAACAUGCGUGGAUCACAUCAAUGCUUACGAAUGUCAAUGUGCACCAGGAUUUAAUGGAAUCAACUGCACGCAAAAUAUCAAUGAAUGUAGUGACCAACCAUGCGAGAACAAUGGAACAUGCGUGGAUCUCAUCAAUGGCUACAAAUGUCAAUGCGUGGCAGGAUUUAAUGGAACCAACUGCACAGAAAAUAUAGAUGGGUGUGUGGCGGAACCUUGUCAGAACAAUGGAACAUGCAUAGAUCAAAUUAAUACCUACGAAUGUCAAUGUGUUCCGGGAUUUAAUGGGACUCACUGCGAGAAUAAUAUGGAUGAAUGUGCUGGGGAUCCUUGUCAAAACAACGGAACGUGUGUGGACCUUGUAAACAACUACCAGUGUGAUUGUGUCCCUGGUUAUGCAGACACAAACUGUUCAACAAAUAUCGAUGAGUGUUCUGACGGACCAUGCCAGAAUGAUGGAACCUGUGUAGACCUCAUCAACGAUUACCAGUGUGCAUGUGUUAUGGGAUUCAACGGCAAAAACUGUACUGUCGAUAUCGAUGAAUGUGUUGACCAACCUUGUGAGAACAAUGGAACAUGCGUGGAUCUCAUCAAUGGUUACGAAUGUCAAUGUGCGUCAGGAUUGAAUGGAACCAACUGCACGCAAAAUAUCGAUGACUGUAUUGACCAACCAUGCGAGAACAAUGGAACAUGCGUGGAUCUCGUCAAUGGCUACAAAUGUCAAUGCGUGGCAGGAUUUAAUGGAACCAACUGCACAGAAAAUAUAGAUGGGUGUGUGGCGGAACCUUGUCAGAACAAUGGAACAUGCAUAGAUCAAAUUAAUACCUACGAAUGUCAAUGUGUUCCGGGAUUUAAUUGGACUCACUGCGAGAAUAAUAUGGAUGAAUGUGCUGGGGAUCCUUGUCAAAACAACGGAACGUGUGUGGACCUUGUAAACAACUACCAGUGUGAUUGUGUCCCUGGUUUUGCAGACACAAACUGUUCAACAAAUAUCGAUGAGUGUUCUGACGGACCAUGCCAGAAUGAUGGAACCUGUGUAGACCUCAUCAACGAUUACCAGUGUGCAUGUGUUAUGGGAUUCAACGGCAAAAACUGUACUGUCGAUAUCGAUGAAUGUGUUGACCAACCUUGUGAGAACAAUGGAACAUGCGUGGAUCUCAUCAAUGGUUACGAAUGUCAAUGUGCGUCAGGAUUGAAUGGAACCAACUGCACACAAAAUAUCGAUGACUGUAUUGACCAACCAUGCGAGAACAAUGGAACAUGCGUGGAUCUCGUCAAUGACUACAAAUGUCAAUGCGUGGCAGGAUUUAAUGGAACCAACUGCACAGAAAAUAUAGAUGGAUGUGUGGCGGAACCUUGUCAGAACAAUGGAACAUGCAUAGAUCAAAUUAAUACCUACGAAUGUCAAUGUGUUCCGGGAUUUAAUUGGACUCACUGCGAGAAUAAUAUGGAUGAAUGUGCUGGGGAUCCUUGUCAAAACAACGGAACGUGUGUGGACUUUGUAAACAACUACCAGUGUGAUUGUGUCCCUGGUUUUGCAGACACAAACUGUUCAACAAAUAUCGAUGAGUGUUCUGACGGACCAUGCCAGAAUGAUGGAACCUGUGUAGACCUCAUCAACGAUUACCAGUGUGCAUGUGUUAUGGGAUUCAACGGCAAAAACUGUACUGUCGAUAUCGAUGAAUGUGUUGACCAACCUUGUGAGAACAAUGGAACAUGCGUGGAUCUCAUCAAUGGUUACGAAUGUCAAUGUGCGUCAGGAUUGAAUGGAACCAACUGCACGCAAAAUAUCGAUGACUGUAUUGACCAACCAUGCGAGAACAAUGGAACAUGCGUGGAUCUCGUCAAUGCCUACAAAUGUCAAUGCGUGGCAGGAUUUAAUGGAACCAACUGCACAGAAAAUAUAGAUGGGUGUGUGGCGGAACCUUGUCAGAACAAUGGAACAUGCAUAGAUCAAAUUAAUACCUACGAAUGUCAAUGUGUUCCGGGAUUUAAUUGGACUCACUGCGAGAAUAAUAUGGAUGAAUGUGCUGGGGAUCCUUGUCAAAACAACGGAACGUGUGUGGACCUUGUAAACAACUACCAGUGUGAUUGUGUCCCUGGUUUUGCAGACACAAACUGUUCAACAAAUAUCGAUGAGUGUUCUGACGGACCAUGCCAGAAUGAUGGAACCUGUGUAGACCUCAUCAACGAUUACCAGUGUGCAUGUGUUAUGGGAUUCAACGGCAAAAACUGUACUGUCGAUAUCGAUGAAUGUGUUGACCAACCUUGUAAGAACAAUGGAACAUGCGUGGAUCUCAUCAAUGGUUACGAAUGUCAAUGUGCGUCAGGAUUGAAUGGAACCAACUGCACGCAAAAUAUCGAUGACUGUAUUGACCAACCAUGCGAGAACAAUGGAACAUGCGUGGAUCUCAUCAAUGCCUACAAAUGUCAAUGCGUGGCAGGAUUUAAUGGAACCAACUGCACAGAAAAUAUAGAUGGGUGUGUGGCGGAACCUUGUCAGAACAAUGGAACAUGCAUAGAUCAAAUUAAUACCUACGAAUGUCAAUGUGUUCCGGGAUUUAAUUGGACUCACUGCGAGAAUAAUAUGGAUGAAUGUGCUGGGGAUCCUUGUCAAAACAACGGAACGUGUGUGGACCUUGUAAACAACUACCAGUGUGAUUGUGUCCCUGGUUUUGCAGACACAAACUGUUCAACAAAUAUCGAUGAGUGUUCUGACGGACCAUGCCAGAAUGAUGGAACCUGUGUAGACCUCAUCAACGAUUACCAGUGUGCAUGUGUUAUGGGAUUCAACGGCAAAAACUGUACUGUCGAUAUCGAUGAAUGUGUUGACCAACCUUGUAAGAACAAUGGAACAUGCGUGGAUCUCAUCAAUGGUUACGAAUGUCAAUGUGCGUCAGGAUUGAAUGGAACCAACUGCACGCAAAAUAUCGAUGACUGUAUUGACCAACCAUGCGAGAACAAUGGAACAUGCGUGGAUCUCAUCAAUGCCUACAAAUGUCAAUGCGUGGCAGGAUUUAAUGGAACCAACUGCACAGAAAAUAUAGAUGGGUGUGUGGCGGAACCUUGUCAGAACAAUGGAACAUGCAUAGAUCAAAUUAAUACCUACGAAUGUCAAUGUGUUCCGGGAUUUAAUUGGACUCACUGCGAGAAUAAUAUGGAUGAAUGUGCUGGGGAUCCUUGUCAAAACAACGGAACGUGUGUGGACCUUGUAAACAACUACCAGUGUGAUUGUGUCCCUGGUUUUGCAGACACAAACUGUUCAACAAAUAUCGAUGAGUGUUCUGACGGACCAUGCCAGAAUGAUGGAACCUGUGUAGACCUCAUCAACGAUUACCAGUGUGCAUGUGUUAUGGGAUUCAACGGCAAAAACUGUACUGUCGAUAUCGAUGAAUGUGUUGACCAACCUUGUGAGAACAAUGGAACAUGCGUGGAUCUCAUCAAUGGUUACGAAUGUCAAUGUGCGUCAGGAUUGAAUGGAACCAACUGCACGCAAAAUAUCGAUGACUGUAUUGACCAACCAUGCGAGAACAAUGGAACAUGCGUGGAUCUCAUCAAUGCCUACAAAUGUCAAUGCGUGGCAGGAUUUAAUGGAACCAACUGCACAGAAAAUAUAGAUGGGUGUGUGGCGGAACCUUGUCAGAACAAUGGAACAUGCAUAGAUCAAAUUAAUACCUACGAAUGUCAAUGUGUUCCGGGAUUUAAUUGGACUCACUGCGAGAAUAAUAUGGAUGAAUGUGCUGGGGAUCCUUGUCAAAACAACGGAACGUGUGUGGACCUUGUAAACAACUACCAGUGUGAUUGUGUCCCUGGUUUUGCAGACACAAACUGUUCAACAAAUAUCGAUGAGUGUUCUGACGGACCAUGCCAGAAUGAUGGAACCUGUGUAGACCUCAUCAACGAUUACCAGUGUGCAUGUGUUAUGGGAUUCAACGGCAAAAACUGUACUGUCGAUAUCGAUGAAUGUGUUGACCAACCUUGUGAGAACAAUGGAACAUGCGUGGAUCUCAUCAAUGGUUACGAAUGUCAAUGUGCGUCAGGAUUGAAUGGAACCAACUGCACGCAAAAUAUCGAUGACUGUAUUGACCAACCAUGCGAGAACAAUGGAACAUGCGUGGAUCUCGUCAAUGGCUACAAAUGUCAAUGCGUGGCAGGAUUUAAUGGAACCAACUGCACAGAAAAUAUAGAUGGGUGUGUGGCGGAACCUUGUCAGAACAAUGGAACAUGCAUAGAUCAAAUUAAUACCUACGAAUGUCAAUGUGUUCCGGGAUUUAAUUGGACUCACUGCGAGAAUAAUAUGGAUGAAUGUGCUGGGGAUCCUUGUCAAAACAACGGAACGUGUGUGGACCUUGUAAACAACUACCAGUGUGAUUGUGUCCCUGGUUUUGCAGACACAAACUGUUCAACAAAUAUCGAUGAGUGUUCUGACGGACCAUGCCAGAAUGAUGGAACCUGUGUAGACCUCAUCAACGAUUACCAGUGUGCAUGUGUUAUGGGAUUCAACGGCAAAAACUGUACUGUCGAUAUCGAUGAAUGUGUUGACCAACCUUGUGAGAACAAUGGAACAUGCGUGGAUCUCAUCAAUGGUUACGAAUGUCAAUGUGCGUCAGGAUUGAAUGGAACCAACUGCACGCAAAAUAUCGAUGACUGUAUUGACCAACCAUGCGAGAACAAUGGAACAUGCGUGGAUCUCGUCAAUGGCUACAAAUGUCAAUGCGUGGCAGGAUUUAAUGGAACCAACUGCACAGAAAAUAUAGAUGGGUGUGUGGCGGAACCUUGUCAGAACAAUGGAACAUGCAUAGAUCAAAUUAAUACCUACGAAUGUCAAUGUGUUCCGGGAUUUAAUUGGACUCACUGCGAGAAUAAUAUGGAUGAAUGUGCUGGGGAUCCUUGUCAAAACAACGGAACGUGUGUGGACCUUGUAAACAACUACCAGUGUGAUUGUGUCCCUGGUUUUGCAGACACAAACUGUUCAACAAAUAUCGAUGAGUGUUCUGACGGACCAUGCCAGAAUGAUGGAACCUGUGUAGACCUCAUCAACGAUUACCAGUGUGCAUGUGUUAUGGGAUUCAACGGCAAAAACUGUACUGUCGAUAUCGAUGAAUGUGUUGACCAACCUUGUGAGAACAAUGGAACAUGCGUGGAUCUCAUCAAUGGUUACGAAUGUCAAUGUGCGUCAGGAUUGAAUGGAACCAACUGCACGCAAAAUAUCGAUGACUGUAUUGACCAACCAUGCGAGAACAAUGGAACAUGCGUGGAUCUCGUCAAUGGCUACAAAUGUCAAUGCGUGGCAGGAUUUAAUGGAACCAACUGCACAGAAAAUAUAGAUGGGUGUGUGGCGGAACCUUGUCAGAACAAUGGAACAUGCAUAGAUCAAAUUAAUACCUACGAAUGUCAAUGUGUUCCGGGAUUUAAUUGGACUCACUGCGAGAAUAAUAUGGAUGAAUGUGCUGGGGAUCCUUGUCAAAACAACGGAACGUGUGUGGACCUUGUAAACAACUACCAGUGUGAUUGUGUCCCUGGUUUUGCAGACACAAACUGUUCAACAAAUAUCGAUGAGUGUUCUGACGGACCAUGCCAGAAUGAUGGAACCUGUGUAGACCUCAUCAACGAUUACCAGUGUGCAUGUGUUAUGGGAUUCAACGGCAAAAACUGUACUGUCGAUAUCGAUGAAUGUGUUGACCAACCUUGUGAGAACAAUGGAACAUGCGUGGAUCUCAUCAAUGGUUACGAAUGUCAAUGUGCGUCAGGAUUGAAUGGAACCAACUGCACGCAAAAUAUCGAUGACUGUAUUGACCAACCAUGCGAGAACAAUGGAACAUGCGUGGAUCUCGUCAAUGGCUACAAAUGUCAAUGCGUGGCAGGAUUUAAUGGAACCAACUGCACAGAAAAUAUAGAUGGGUGUGUGGCGGAACCUUGUCAGAACAAUGGAACAUGCAUAGAUCAAAUUAAUACCUACGAAUGUCAAUGUGUUCCGGGAUUUAAUUGGACUCACUGCGAGAAUAAUAUGGAUGAAUGUGCUGGGGAUCCUUGUCAAAACAACGGAACGUGUGUGGACCUUGUAAACAACUACCAGUGUGAUUGUGUCCCUGGUUUUGCAGACACAAACUGUUCAACAAAUAUCGAUGAGUGUUCUGACGGACCAUGCCAGAAUGAUGGAACCUGUGUAGACCUCAUCAACGAUUACCAGUGUGCAUGUGUUAUGGGAUUCAACGGCAAAAACUGUACUGUCGAUAUCGAUGAAUGUGUUGACCAACCUUGUGAGAACAAUGGAACAUGCGUGGAUCUCAUCAAUGGUUACGAAUGUCAAUGUGCGUCAGGAUUGAAUGGAACCAACUGCACGCAAAAUAUCGAUGACUGUAUUGACCAACCAUGCGAGAACAAUGGAACAUGCGUGGAUCUCGUCAAUGGCUACAAAUGUCAAUGCGUGGCAGGAUUUAAUGGAACCAACUGCACAGAAAAUAUAGAUGGGUGUGUGGCGGAACCUUGUCAGAACAAUGGAACAUGCAUAGAUCAAAUUAAUACCUACGAAUGUCAAUGUGUUCCGGGAUUUAAUUGGACUCACUGCGAGAAUAAUAUGGAUGAAUGUGCUGGGGAUCCUUGUCAAAACAACGGAACGUGUGUGGACCUUGUAAACAACUACCAGUGUGAUUGUGUCCCUGGUUUUGCAGACACAAACUGUUCAACAAAUAUCGAUGAGUGUUCUGACGGACCAUGCCAGAAUGAUGGAACCUGUGUAGACCUCAUCAACGAUUACCAGUGUGCAUGUGUUAUGGGAUUCAACGGCAAAAACUGUACUGUCGAUAUCGAUGAAUGUGUUGACCAACCUUGUGAGAACAAUGGAACAUGCGUGGAUCUCAUCAAUGGUUACGAAUGUCAAUGUGCGUCAGGAUUGAAUGGAACCAACUGCACACAAAAUAUCGAUGACUGUAUUGACCAACCAUGCGAGAACAAUGGAACAUGCGUGGAUCUCGUCAAUGGCUACAAAUGUCAAUGCGUGGCAGGAUUUAAUGGAACCAACUGCACAGAAAAUAUAGAUGGGUGUGUGGCGGAACCUUGUCAGAACAAUGGAACAUGCAUAGAUCAAAUUAAUACCUACGAAUGUCAAUGUGUUCCGGGAUUUAAUUGGACUCACUGCGAGAAUAAUAUGGAUGAAUGUGCUGGGGAUCCUUGUCAAAACAACGGAACGUGUGUGGACCUUGUAAACAACUACCAGUGUGAUUGUGUCCCUGGUUUUGCAGACACAAACUGUUCAACAAAUAUCGAUGAGUGUUCUGACGGACCAUGCCAGAAUGAUGGAACCUGUGUAGACCUCAUCAACGAUUACCAGUGUGCAUGUGUUAUGGGAUUCAACGGCAAAAACUGUACUGUCGAUAUCGAUGAAUGUGUUGACCAACCUUGUGAGAACAAUGGAACAUGCGUGGAUCUCAUCAAUGGUUACGAAUGUCAAUGUGCGUCAGGAUUGAAUGGAACCAACUGCACGCAAAAUAUCGAUGACUGUAUUGACCAACCAUGCGAGAACAAUGGAACAUGCGUGGAUCUCGUCAAUGGCUACAAAUGUCAAUGCGUGGCAGGAUUUAAUGGAACCAACUGCACAGAAAAUAUAGAUGGGUGUGUGGCGGAACCUUGUCAGAACAAUGGAACAUGCAUAGAUCAAAUUAAUACCUACGAAUGUCAAUGUGUUCCGGGAUUUAAUUGGACUCACUGCGAGAAUAAUAUGGAUGAAUGUGCUGGGGAUCCUUGUCAAAACAACGGAACGUGUGUGGACCUUGUAAACAACUACCAGUGUGAUUGUGUCCCUGGUUUUGCAGACACAAACUGUUCAACAAAUAUCGAUGAGUGUUCUGACGGACCAUGCCAGAAUGAUGGAACCUGUGUAGACCUCAUCAACGAUUACCAGUGUGCAUGUGUUAUGGGAUUCAACGGCAAAAACUGUACUGUCGAUAUCGAUGAAUGUGUUGACCAACCUUGUGAGAACAAUGGAACAUGCGUGGAUCUCAUCAAUGGUUACGAAUGUCAAUGUGCGUCAGGAUUGAAUGGAACCAACUGCACGCAAAAUAUCGAUGACUGUAUUGACCAACCAUGCGAGAACAAUGGAACAUGCGUGGAUCUCGUCAAUGGCUACAAAUGUCAAUGCGUGGCAGGAUUUAAUGGAACCAACUGCACAGAAAAUAUAGAUGGGUGUGUGGCGGAACCUUGUCAGAACAAUGGAACAUGCAUAGAUCAAAUUAAUACCUACGAAUGUCAAUGUGUUCCGGGAUUUAAUUGGACUCACUGCGAGAAUAAUAUGGAUGAAUGUGCUGGGGAUCCUUGUCAAAACAACGGAACGUGUGUGGACCUUGUAAACAACUACCAGUGUGAUUGUGUCCCUGGUUUUGCAGACACAAACUGUUCAACAAAUAUCGAUGAGUGUUCUGACGGACCAUGCCAGAAUGAUGGAACCUGUGUAGACCUCAUCAACGAUUACCAGUGUGCAUGUGUUAUGGGAUUCAACGGCAAAAACUGUACUGUCGAUAUCGAUGAAUGUGUUGACCAACCUUGUGAGAACAAUGGAACAUGCGUGGAUCUCAUCAAUGGUUACGAAUGUCAAUGUGCGUCAGGAUUGAAUGGAACCAACUGCACGCAAAAUAUCGAUGACUGUAUUGACCAACCAUGCGAGAACAAUGGAACAUGCGUGGAUCUCGUCAAUGGCUACAAAUGUCAAUGCGUGGCAGGAUUUAAUGGAACCAACUGCACAGAAAAUAUAGAUGGGUGUGUGGCGGAACCUUGUCAGAACAAUGGAACAUGCAUAGAUCAAAUUAAUACCUACGAAUGUCAAUGUGUUCCGGGAUUUAAUUGGACUCACUGCGAGAAUAAUAUGGAUGAAUGUGCUGGGGAUCCUUGUCAAAACAACGGAACGUGUGUGGACCUUGUAAACAACUACCAGUGUGAUUGUGUCCCUGGUUUUGCAGACACAAACUGUUCAACAAAUAUCGAUGAGUGUUCUGACGGACCAUGCCAGAAUGAUGGAACCUGUGUAGACCUCAUCAACGAUUACCAGUGUGCAUGUGUUAUGGGAUUCAACGGCAAAAACUGUACUGUCGAUAUCGAUGAAUGUGUUGACCAACCUUGUGAGAACAAUGGAACAUGCGUGGAUCUCAUCAAUGGUUACGAAUGUCAAUGUGCGUCAGGAUUGAAUGGAACCAACUGCACACAAAAUAUCGAUGACUGUAUUGACCAACCAUGCGAGAACAAUGGAACAUGCGUGGAUCUCGUCAAUGGCUACAAAUGUCAAUGCGUGGCAGGAUUUAAUGGAACCAACUGCACAGAAAAUAUAGAUGGGUGUGUGGCGGAACCUUGUCAGAACAAUGGAACAUGCAUAGAUCAAAUUAAUACCUACGAAUGUCAAUGUGUUCCGGGAUUUAAUUGGACUCACUGCGAGAAUAAUAUGGAUGAAUGUGCUGGGGAUCCUUGUCAAAACAACGGAACGUGUGUGGACCUUGUAAACAACUACCAGUGUGAUUGUGUCCCUGGUUUUGCAGACACAAACUGUUCAACAAAUAUCGAUGAGUGUUCUGACGGACCAUGCCAGAAUGAUGGAACCUGUGUAGACCUCAUCAACGAUUACCAGUGUGCAUGUGUUAUGGGAUUCAACGGCAAAAACUGUACUGUCGAUAUCGAUGAAUGUGUUGACCAACCUUGUGAGAACAAUGGAACAUGCGUGGAUCUCAUCAAUGGUUACGAAUGUCAAUGUGCGUCAGGAUUGAAUGGAACCAACUGCACGCAAAAUAUCGAUGACUGUAUUGACCAACCAUGCGAGAACAAUGGAACAUGCGUGGAUCUCGUCAAUGGCUACAAAUGUCAAUGCGUGGCAGGAUUUAAUGGAACCAACUGCACAGAAAAUAUAGAUGGGUGUGUGGCGGAACCUUGUCAGAACAAUGGAACAUGCAUAGAUCAAAUUAAUACCUACGAAUGUCAAUGUGUUCCGGGAUUUAAUUGGACUCACUGCGAGAAUAAUAUGGAUGAAUGUGCUGGGGAUCCUUGUCAAAACAACGGAACGUGUGUGGACCUUGUAAACAACUACCAGUGUGAUUGUGUCCCUGGUUUUGCAGACACAAACUGUUCAACAAAUAUCGAUGAGUGUUCUGACGGACCAUGCCAGAAUGAUGGAACCUGUGUAGACCUCAUCAACGAUUACCAGUGUGCAUGUGUUAUGGGAUUCAACGGCAAAAACUGUACUGUCGAUAUCGAUGAAUGUGUUGACCAACCUUGUGAGAACAAUGGAACAUGCGUGGAUCUCAUCAAUGGUUACGAAUGUCAAUGUGCGUCAGGAUUGAAUGGAACCAACUGCACGCAAAAUAUCGAUGACUGUAUUGACCAACCAUGCGAGAACAAUGGAACAUGCGUGGAUCUCGUCAAUGGCUACAAAUGUCAAUGCGUGGCAGGAUUUAAUGGAACCAACUGCACAGAAAAUAUAGAUGGGUGUGUGGCGGAACCUUGUCAGAACAAUGGAACAUGCAUAGAUCAAAUUAAUACCUACGAAUGUCAAUGUGUUCCGGGAUUUAAUUGGACUCACUGCGAGAAUAAUAUGGAUGAAUGUGCUGGGGAUCCUUGUCAAAACAACGGAACGUGUGUGGACCUUGUAAACAACUACCAGUGUGAUUGUGUCCCUGGUUUUGCAGACACAAACUGUUCAACAAAUAUCGAUGAGUGUUCUGACGGACCAUGCCAGAAUGAUGGAACCUGUGUAGACCUCAUCAACGAUUACCAGUGUGCAUGUGUUAUGGGAUUCAACGGCAAAAACUGUACUGUCGAUAUCGAUGAAUGUGUUGACCAACCUUGUGAGAACAAUGGAACAUGCGUGGAUCUCAUCAAUGGUUACGAAUGUCAAUGUGCGUCAGGAUUGAAUGGAACCAACUGCACACAAAAUAUCGAUGACUGUAUUGACCAACCAUGCGAGAACAAUGGAACAUGCGUGGAUCUCGUCAAUGGCUACAAAUGUCAAUGCGUGGCAGGAUUUAAUGGAACCAACUGCACAGAAAAUAUAGAUGGGUGUGUGGCGGAACCUUGUCAGAACAAUGGAACAUGCAUAGAUCAAAUUAAUACCUACGAAUGUCAAUGUGUUCCGGGAUUUAAUUGGACUCACUGCGAGAAUAAUAUGGAUGAAUGUGCUGGGGAUCCUUGUCAAAACAACGGAACGUGUGUGGACCUUGUAAACAACUACCAGUGUGAUUGUGUCCCUGGUUUUGCAGACACAAACUGUUCAACAAAUAUCGAUGAGUGUUCUGACGGACCAUGCCAGAAUGAUGGAACCUGUGUAGACCUCAUCAACGAUUACCAGUGUGCAUGUGUUAUGGGAUUCAACGGCAAAAACUGUACUGUCGAUAUCGAUGAAUGUGUUGACCAACCUUGUGAGAACAAUGGAACAUGCGUGGAUCUCAUCAAUGGUUACGAAUGUCAAUGUGCGUCAGGAUUGAAUGGAACCAACUGCACGCAAAAUAUCGAUGACUGUAUUGACCAACCAUGCGAGAACAAUGGAACAUGCGUGGAUCUCGUCAAUGGCUACAAAUGUCAAUGCGUGGCAGGAUUUAAUGGAACCAACUGCACAGAAAAUAUAGAUGGGUGUGUGGCGGAACCUUGUCAGAACAAUGGAACAUGCAUAGAUCAAAUUAAUACCUACGAAUGUCAAUGUGUUCCGGGAUUUAAUUGGACUCACUGCGAGAAUAAUAUGGAUGAAUGUGCUGGGGAUCCUUGUCAAAACAACGGAACGUGUGUGGACCUUGUAAACAACUACCAGUGUGAUUGUGUCCCUGGUUUUGCAGACACAAACUGUUCAACAAAUAUCGAUGAGUGUUCUGACGGACCAUGCCAGAAUGAUGGAACCUGUGUAGACCUCAUCAACGAUUACCAGUGUGCAUGUGUUAUGGGAUUCAACGGCAAAAACUGUACUGUCGAUAUCGAUGAAUGUGUUGACCAACCUUGUGAGAACAAUGGAACAUGCGUGGAUCUCAUCAAUGGUUACGAAUGUCAAUGUGCGUCAGGAUUGAAUGGAACCAACUGCACGCAAAAUAUCGAUGACUGUAUUGACCAACCAUGCGAGAACAAUGGAACAUGCGUGGAUCUCGUCAAUGGCUACAAAUGUCAAUGCGUGGCAGGAUUUAAUGGAACCAACUGCACAGAAAAUAUAGAUGGGUGUGUGGCGGAACCUUGUCAGAACAAUGGAACAUGCAUAGAUCAAAUUAAUACCUACGAAUGUCAAUGUGUUCCGGGAUUUAAUUGGACUCACUGCGAGAAUAAUAUGGAUGAAUGUGCUGGGGAUCCUUGUCAAAACAACGGAACGUGUGUGGACCUUGUAAACAACUACCAGUGUGAUUGUGUCCCUGGUUUUGCAGACACAAACUGUUCAACAAAUAUCGAUGAGUGUUCUGACGGACCAUGCCAGAAUGAUGGAACCUGUGUAGACCUCAUCAACGAUUACCAGUGUGCAUGUGUUAUGGGAUUCAACGGCAAAAACUGUACUGUCGAUAUCGAUGAAUGUGUUGACCAACCUUGUGAGAACAAUGGAACAUGCGUGGAUCUCAUCAAUGGUUACGAAUGUCAAUGUGCGUCAGGAUUGAAUGGAACCAACUGCACGCAAAAUAUCGAUGACUGUAUUGACCAACCAUGCGAGAACAAUGGAACAUGCGUGGAUCUCAUCAAUGGCUACAAAUGUCAAUGCGUGGCAGGAUUUAAUGGAACCAACUGCACAGAAAAUAUAGAUGGGUGUGUGGCGGAACCUUGUCAGAACAAUGGAACAUGCAUAGAUCAAAUUAAUACCUACGAAUGUCAAUGUGUUCCGGGAUUUAAUUGGACUCACUGCGAGAAUAAUAUGGAUGAAUGUGCUGGGGAUCCUUGUCAAAACAACGGAACGUGUGUGGACCUUGUAAACAACUACCAGUGUGAUUGUGUCCCUGGUUUUGCAGACACAAACUGUUCAACAAAUAUCGAUGAGUGUUCUGACGGACCAUGCCAGAAUGAUGGAACCUGUGUAGACCUCAUCAACGAUUACCAGUGUGCAUGUGUUAUGGGAUUCAACGGCAAAAACUGUACUGUCGAUAUCGAUGAAUGUGUUGACCAACCUUGUGAGAACAAUGGAACAUGCGUGGAUCUCAUCAAUGGUUACGAAUGUCAAUGUGCGUCAGGAUUGAAUGGAACCAACUGCACGCAAAAUAUCGAUGACUGUAUUGACCAACCAUGCGAGAACAAUGGAACAUGCGUGGAUCUCGUCAAUGACUACAAAUGUCAAUGCGUGGCAGGAUUUAAUGGAACCAACUGCACAGAAAAUAUAGAUGGGUGUGUGGCGGAACCUUGUCAGAACAAUGGAACAUGCAUAGAUCAAAUUAAUACCUACGAAUGUCAAUGUGUUCCGGGAUUUAAUUGGACUCACUGCGAGAAUAAUAUGGAUGAAUGUGCUGGGGAUCCUUGUCAAAACAACGGAACGUGUGUGGACCUUGUAAACAACUACCAGUGUGAUUGUGUCCCUGGUUUUGCAGACACAAACUGUUCAACAAAUAUCGAUGAGUGUUCUGACGGACCAUGCCAGAAUGAUGGAACCUGUGUAGACCUCAUCAACGAUUACCAGUGUGCAUGUGUUAUGGGAUUCAACGGCAAAAACUGUACUGUCGAUAUCGAUGAAUGUGUUGACCAACCUUGUGAGAACAAUGGAACAUGCGUGGAUCUCAUCAAUGGUUACGAAUGUCAAUGUGCGUCAGGAUUGAAUGGAACCAACUGCACGCAAAAUAUCGAUGACUGUAUUGACCAACCAUGCGAGAACAAUGGAACAUGCGUGGAUCUCGUCAAUGGCUACAAAUGUCAAUGCGUGGCAGGAUUUAAUGGAACCAACUGCACAGAAAAUAUAGAUGGGUGUGUGGCGGAACCUUGUCAGAACAAUGGAACAUGCAUAGAUCAAAUUAAUACCUACGAAUGUCAAUGUGUUCCGGGAUUUAAUUGGACUCACUGCGAGAAUAAUAUGGAUGAAUGUGCUGGGGAUCCUUGUCAAAACAACGGAACGUGUGUGGACCUUGUAAACAACUACCAGUGUGAUUGUGUCCCUGGUUUUGCAGACACAAACUGUUCAACAAAUAUCGAUGAGUGUUCUGACGGACCAUGCCAGAAUGAUGGAACCUGUGUAGACCUCAUCAACGAUUACCAGUGUGCAUGUGUUAUGGGAUUCAACGGCAAAAACUGUACUGUCGAUAUCGAUGAAUGUGUUGACCAACCUUGUGAGAACAAUGGAACAUGCGUGGAUCUCAUCAAUGGUUACGAAUGUCAAUGUGCGUCAGGAUUGAAUGGAACCAACUGCACGCAAAAUAUCGAUGACUGUAUUGACCAACCAUGCGAGAACAAUGGAACAUGCGUGGAUCUCGUCAAUGACUACAAAUGUCAAUGCGUGGCAGGAUUUAAUGGAACCAACUGCACAGAAAAUAUAGAUGGGUGUGUGGCGGAACCUUGUCAGAACAAUGGAACAUGCAUAGAUCAAAUUAAUACCUACGAAUGUCAAUGUGUUCCGGGAUUUAAUUGGACUCACUGCGAGAAUAAUAUGGAUGAAUGUGCUGGGGAUCCUUGUCAAAACAACGGAACGUGUGUGGACCUUGUAAACAACUACCAGUGUGAUUGUGUCCCUGGUUUUGCAGACACAAACUGUUCAACAAAUAUCGAUGAGUGUUCUGACGGACCAUGCCAGAAUGAUGGAACCUGUGUAGACCUCAUCAACGAUUACCAGUGUGCAUGUGUUAUGGGAUUCAACGGCAAAAACUGUACUGUCGAUAUCGAUGAAUGUGUUGACCAACCUUGUGAGAACAAUGGAACAUGCGUGGAUCUCAUCAAUGGUUACGAAUGUCAAUGUGCGUCAGGAUUGAAUGGAACCAACUGCACGCAAAAUAUCGAUGACUGUAUUGACCAACCAUGCGAGAACAAUGGAACAUGCGUGGAUCUCGUCAAUGACUACAAAUGUCAAUGCGUGGCAGGAUUUAAUGGAACCAACUGCACAGAAAAUAUAGAUGGGUGUGUGGCGGAACCUUGUCAGAACAAUGGAACAUGCAUAGAUCAAAUUAAUACCUACGAAUGUCAAUGUGUUCCGGGAUUUAAUUGGACUCACUGCGAGAAUAAUAUGGAUGAAUGUGCUGGGGAUCCUUGUCAAAACAACGGAACGUGUGUGGACCUUGUAAACAACUACCAGUGUGAUUGUGUCCCUGGUUUUGCAGACACAAACUGUUCAACAAAUAUCGAUGAGUGUUCUGACGGACCAUGCCAGAAUGAUGGAACCUGUGUAGACCUCAUCAACGAUUACCAGUGUGCAUGUGUUAUGGGAUUCAACGGCAAAAACUGUACUGUCGAUAUCGAUGAAUGUGUUGACCAACCUUGUGAGAACAAUGGAACAUGCGUGGAUCUCAUCAAUGGUUACGAAUGUCAAUGUGCGUCAGGAUUGAAUGGAACCAACUGCACGCAAAAUAUCGAUGACUGUAUUGACCAACCAUGCGAGAACAAUGGAACAUGCGUGGAUCUCGUCAAUGACUACAAAUGUCAAUGCGUGGCAGGAUUUAAUGGAACCAACUGCACAGAAAAUAUAGAUGGGUGUGUGGCGGAACCUUGUCAGAACAAUGGAACAUGCAUAGAUCAAAUUAAUACCUACGAAUGUCAAUGUGUUCCGGGAUUUAAUUGGACUCACUGCGAGAAUAAUAUGGAUGAAUGUGCUGGGGAUCCUUGUCAAAACAACGGAACGUGUGUGGACCUUGUAAACAACUACCAGUGUGAUUGUGUCCCUGGUUUUGCAGACACAAACUGUUCAACAAAUAUCGAUGAGUGUUCUGACGGACCAUGCCAGAAUGAUGGAACCUGUGUAGACCUCAUCAACGAUUACCAGUGUGCAUGUGUUAUGGGAUUCAACGGCAAAAACUGUACUGUCGAUAUCGAUGAAUGUGUUGACCAACCUUGUGAGAACAAUGGAACAUGCGUGGAUCUCAUCAAUGGUUACGAAUGUCAAUGUGCGUCAGGAUUGAAUGGAACCAACUGCACGCAAAAUAUCGAUGACUGUAUUGACCAACCAUGCGAGAACAAUGGAACAUGCGUGGAUCUCAUCAAUGGCUACAAAUGUCAAUGCGUGGCAGGAUUUAAUGGAACCAACUGCACAGAAAAUAUAGAUGGGUGUGUGGCGGAACCUUGUCAGAACAAUGGAACAUGCAUAGAUCAAAUUAAUACCUACGAAUGUCAAUGUGUUCCGGGAUUUAAUUGGACUCACUGCGAGAAUAAUAUGGAUGAAUGUGCUGGGGAUCCUUGUCAAAACAACGGAACGUGUGUGGACCUUGUAAACAACUACCAGUGUGAUUGUGUCCCUGGUUUUGCAGACACAAACUGUUCAACAAAUAUCGAUGAGUGUUCUGACGGACCAUGCCAGAAUGAUGGAACCUGUGUAGACCUCAUCAACGAUUACCAGUGUGCAUGUGUUAUGGGAUUCAACGGCAAAAACUGUACUGUCGAUAUCGAUGAAUGUGUUGACCAACCUUGUGAGAACAAUGGAACAUGCGUGGAUCUCAUCAAUGGUUACGAAUGUCAAUGUGCGUCAGGAUUGAAUGGAACCAACUGCACGCAAAAUAUCGAUGACUGUAUUGACCAACCAUGCGAGAACAAUGGAACAUGCGUGGAUCUCAUCAAUGGCUACAAAUGUCAAUGCGUGGCAGGAUUUAAUGGAACCAACUGCACAGAAAAUAUAGAUGGGUGUGUGGCGGAACCUUGUCAGAACAAUGGAACAUGCAUAGAUCAAAUUAAUACCUACGAAUGUCAAUGUGUUCCGGGAUUUAAUUGGACUCACUGCGAGAAUAAUAUGGAUGAAUGUGCUGGGGAUCCUUGUCAAAACAACGGAACGUGUGUGGACCUUGUAAACAACUACCAGUGUGAUUGUGUCCCUGGUUUUGCAGACACAAACUGUUCAACAAAUAUCGAUGAGUGUUCUGACGGACCAUGCCAGAAUGAUGGAACCUGUGUAGACCUCAUCAACGAUUACCAGUGUGCAUGUGUUAUGGGAUUCAACGGCAAAAACUGUACUGUCGAUAUCGAUGAAUGUGUUGACCAACCUUGUGAGAACAAUGGAACAUGCGUGGAUCUCAUCAAUGGUUACGAAUGUCAAUGUGCGUCAGGAUUGAAUGGAACCAACUGCACGCAAAAUAUCGAUGACUGUAUUGACCAACCAUGCGAGAACAAUGGAACAUGCGUGGAUCUCGUCAAUGCCUACAAAUGUCAAUGCGUGGCAGGAUUUAAUGGAACCAACUGCACAGAAAAUAUAGAUGGGUGUGUGGCGGAACCUUGUCAGAACAAUGGAACAUGCAUAGAUCAAAUUAAUACCUACGAAUGUCAAUGUGUUCCGGGAUUUAAUUGGACUCACUGCGAGAAUAAUAUGGAUGAAUGUGCUGGGGAUCCUUGUCAAAACAACGGAACGUGUGUGGACCUUGUAAACAACUACCAGUGUGAUUGUGUCCCUGGUUUUGCAGACACAAACUGUUCAACAAAUAUCGAUGAGUGUUCUGACGGACCAUGCCAGAAUGAUGGAACCUGUGUAGACCUCAUCAACGAUUACCAGUGUGCAUGUGUUAUGGGAUUCAACGGCAAAAACUGUACUGUCGAUAUCGAUGAAUGUGUUGACCAACCUUGUGAGAACAAUGGAACAUGCGUGGAUCUCAUCAAUGGUUACGAAUGUCAAUGUGCGUCAGGAUUGAAUGGAACCAACUGCACGCAAAAUAUCGAUGACUGUAUUGACCAACCAUGCGAGAACAAUGGAACAUGCGUGGAUCUCGUCAAUGGCUACAAAUGUCAAUGCGUGGCAGGAUUUAAUGGAACCAACUGCACAGAAAAUAUAGAUGGGUGUGUGGCGGAACCUUGUCAGAACAAUGGAACAUGCAUAGAUCAAAUUAAUACCUACGAAUGUCAAUGUGUUCCGGGAUUUAAUUGGACUCACUGCGAGAAUAAUAUGGAUGAAUGUGCUGGGGAUCCUUGUCAAAACAACGGAACGUGUGUGGACCUUGUAAACAACUACCAGUGUGAUUGUGUCCCUGGUUUUGCAGACACAAACUGUUCAACAAAUAUCGAUGAGUGUUCUGACGGACCAUGCCAGAAUGAUGGAACCUGUGUAGACCUCAUCAACGAUUACCAGUGUGCAUGUGUUAUGGGAUUCAACGGCAAAAACUGUACUGUCGAUAUCGAUGAAUGUGUUGACCAACCUUGUGAGAACAAUGGAACAUGCGUGGAUCUCAUCAAUGGUUACGAAUGUCAAUGUGCGUCAGGAUUGAAUGGAACCAACUGCACGCAAAAUAUCGAUGACUGUAUUGACCAACCAUGCGAGAACAAUGGAACAUGCGUGGAUCUCAUCAAUGGCUACAAAUGUCAAUGCGUGGCAGGAUUUAAUGGAACCAACUGCACAGAAAAUAUAGAUGGGUGUGUGGCGGAACCUUGUCAGAACAAUGGAACAUGCAUAGAUCAAAUUAAUACCUACGAAUGUCAAUGUGUUCCGGGAUUUAAUUGGACUCACUGCGAGAAUAAUAUGGAUGAAUGUGCUGGGGAUCCUUGUCAAAACAACGGAACGUGUGUGGACCUUGUAAACAACUACCAGUGUGAUUGUGUCCCUGGUUUUGCAGACACAAACUGUUCAACAAAUAUCGAUGAGUGUUCUGACGGACCAUGCCAGAAUGAUGGAACCUGUGUAGACCUCAUCAACGAUUACCAGUGUGCAUGUGUUAUGGGAUUCAACGGCAAAAACUGUACUGUCGAUAUCGAUGAAUGUGUUGACCAACCUUGUGAGAACAAUGGAACAUGCGUGGAUCUCAUCAAUGGUUACGAAUGUCAAUGUGCGUCAGGAUUGAAUGGAACCAACUGCACGCAAAAUAUCGAUGACUGUAUUGACCAACCAUGCGAGAACAAUGGAACAUGCGUGGAUCUCAUCAAUGGCUACAAAUGUCAAUGCGUGGCAGGAUUUAAUGGAACCAACUGCACAGAAAAUAUAGAUGGGUGUGUGGCGGAACCUUGUCAGAACAAUGGAACAUGCAUAGAUCAAAUUAAUACCUACGAAUGUCAAUGUGUUCCGGGAUUUAAUUGGACUCACUGCGAGAAUAAUAUGGAUGAAUGUGCUGGGGAUCCUUGUCAAAACAACGGAACGUGUGUGGACCUUGUAAACAACUACCAGUGUGAUUGUGUCCCUGGUUUUGCAGACACAAACUGUUCAACAAAUAUCGAUGAGUGUUCUGACGGACCAUGCCAGAAUGAUGGAACCUGUGUAGACCUCAUCAACGAUUACCAGUGUGCAUGUGUUAUGGGAUUCAACGGCAAAAACUGUACUGUCGAUAUCGAUGAAUGUGUUGACCAACCUUGUGAGAACAAUGGAACAUGCGUGGAUCUCAUCAAUGGUUACGAAUGUCAAUGUGCGUCAGGAUUGAAUGGAACCAACUGCACGCAAAAUAUCGAUGACUGUAUUGACCAACCAUGCGAGAACAAUGGAACAUGCGUGGAUCUCGUCAAUGGCUACAAAUGUCAAUGCGUGGCAGGAUUUAAUGGAACCAACUGCACAGAAAAUAUAGAUGGGUGUGUGGCGGAACCUUGUCAGAACAAUGGAACAUGCAUAGAUCAAAUUAAUACCUACGAAUGUCAAUGUGUUCCGGGAUUUAAUUGGACUCACUGCGAGAAUAAUAUGGAUGAAUGUGCUGGGGAUCCUUGUCAAAACAACGGAACGUGUGUGGACCUUGUAAACAACUACCAGUGUGAUUGUGUCCCUGGUUUUGCAGACACAAACUGUUCAACAAAUAUCGAUGAGUGUUCUGACGGACCAUGCCAGAAUGAUGGAACCUGUGUAGACCUCAUCAACGAUUACCAGUGUGCAUGUGUUAUGGGAUUCAACGGCAAAAACUGUACUGUCGAUAUCGAUGAAUGUGUUGACCAACCUUGUGAGAACAAUGGAACAUGCGUGGAUCUCAUCAAUGGUUACGAAUGUCAAUGUGCGUCAGGAUUGAAUGGAACCAACUGCACGCAAAAUAUCGAUGACUGUAUUGACCAACCAUGCGAGAACAAUGGAACAUGCGUGGAUCUCGUCAAUGGCUACAAAUGUCAAUGCGUGGCAGGAUUUAAUGGAACCAACUGCACAGAAAAUAUAGAUGGGUGUGUGGCGGAACCUUGUCAGAACAAUGGAACAUGCAUAGAUCAAAUUAAUACCUACGAAUGUCAAUGUGUUCCGGGAUUUAAUUGGACUCACUGCGAGAAUAAUAUGGAUGAAUGUGCUGGGGAUCCUUGUCAAAACAACGGAACGUGUGUGGACCUUGUAAACAACUACCAGUGUGAUUGUGUCCCUGGUUUUGCAGACACAAACUGUUCAACAAAUAUCGAUGAGUGUUCUGACGGACCAUGCCAGAAUGAUGGAACCUGUGUAGACCUCAUCAACGAUUACCAGUGUGCAUGUGUUAUGGGAUUCAACGGCAAAAACUGUACUGUCGAUAUCGAUGAAUGUGUUGACCAACCUUGUGAGAACAAUGGAACAUGCGUGGAUCUCAUCAAUGGUUACGAAUGUCAAUGUGCGUCAGGAUUGAAUGGAACCAACUGCACGCAAAAUAUCGAUGACUGUAUUGACCAACCAUGCGAGAACAAUGGAACAUGCGUGGAUCUCAUCAAUGGCUACAAAUGUCAAUGCGUGGCAGGAUUUAAUGGAACCAACUGCACAGAAAAUAUAGAUGGGUGUGUGGCGGAACCUUGUCAGAACAAUGGAACAUGCAUAGAUCAAAUUAAUACCUACGAAUGUCAAUGUGUUCCGGGAUUUAAUUGGACUCACUGCGAGAAUAAUAUGGAUGAAUGUGCUGGGGAUCCUUGUCAAAACAACGGAACGUGUGUGGACCUUGUAAACAACUACCAGUGUGAUUGUGUCCCUGGUUUUGCAGACACAAACUGUUCAACAAAUAUCGAUGAGUGUUCUGACGGACCAUGCCAGAAUGAUGGAACCUGUGUAGACCUCAUCAACGAUUACCAGUGUGCAUGUGUUAUGGGAUUCAACGGCAAAAACUGUACUGUCGAUAUCGAUGAAUGUGUUGACCAACCUUGUGAGAACAAUGGAACAUGCGUGGAUCUCAUCAAUGGUUACGAAUGUCAAUGUGCGUCAGGAUUGAAUGGAACCAACUGCACGCAAAAUAUCGAUGACUGUAUUGACCAACCAUGCGAGAACAAUGGAACAUGCGUGGAUCUCAUCAAUGGCUACAAAUGUCAAUGCGUGGCAGGAUUUAAUGGAACCAACUGCACAGAAAAUAUAGAUGGGUGUGUGGCGGAACCUUGUCAGAACAAUGGAACAUGCAUAGAUCAAAUUAAUACCUACGAAUGUCAAUGUGUUCCGGGAUUUAAUUGGACUCACUGCGAGAAUAAUAUGGAUGAAUGUGCUGGGGAUCCUUGUCAAAACAACGGAACGUGUGUGGACCUUGUAAACAACUACCAGUGUGAUUGUGUCCCUGGUUUUGCAGACACAAACUGUUCAACAAAUAUCGAUGAGUGUUCUGACGGACCAUGCCAGAAUGAUGGAACCUGUGUAGACCUCAUCAACGAUUACCAGUGUGCAUGUGUUAUGGGAUUCAACGGCAAAAACUGUACUGUCGAUAUCGAUGAAUGUGUUGACCAACCUUGUGAGAACAAUGGAACAUGCGUGGAUCUCAUCAAUGGUUACGAAUGUCAAUGUGCGUCAGGAUUGAAUGGAACCAACUGCACGCAAAAUAUCGAUGACUGUAUUGACCAACCAUGCGAGAACAAUGGAACAUGCGUGGAUCUCAUCAAUGGCUACAAAUGUCAAUGCGUGGCAGGAUUUAAUGGAACCAACUGCACAGAAAAUAUAGAUGGGUGUGUGGCGGAACCUUGUCAGAACAAUGGAACAUGCAUAGAUCAAAUUAAUACCUACGAAUGUCAAUGUGUUCCGGGAUUUAAUUGGACUCACUGCGAGAAUAAUAUGGAUGAAUGUGCUGGGGAUCCUUGUCAAAACAACGGAACGUGUGUGGACCUUGUAAACAACUACCAGUGUGAUUGUGUCCCUGGUUUUGCAGACACAAACUGUUCAACAAAUAUCGAUGAGUGUUCUGACGGACCAUGCCAGAAUGAUGGAACCUGUGUAGACCUCAUCAACGAUUACCAGUGUGCAUGUGUUAUGGGAUUCAACGGCAAAAACUGUACUGUCGAUAUCGAUGAAUGUGUUGACCAACCUUGUGAGAACAAUGGAACAUGCGUGGAUCUCAUCAAUGGUUACGAAUGUCAAUGUGCGUCAGGAUUGAAUGGAACCAACUGCACGCAAAAUAUCGAUGACUGUAUUGACCAACCAUGCGAGAACAAUGGAACAUGCGUGGAUCUCGUCAAUGGCUACAAAUGUCAAUGCGUGGCAGGAUUUAAUGGAACCAACUGCACAGAAAAUAUAGAUGGGUGUGUGGCGGAACCUUGUCAGAACAAUGGAACAUGCAUAGAUCAAAUUAAUACCUACGAAUGUCAAUGUGUUCCGGGAUUUAAUUGGACUCACUGCGAGAAUAAUAUGGAUGAAUGUGCUGGGGAUCCUUGUCAAAACAACGGAACGUGUGUGGACCUUGUAAACAACUACCAGUGUGAUUGUGUCCCUGGUUUUGCAGACACAAACUGUUCAACAAAUAUCGAUGAGUGUUCUGACGGACCAUGCCAGAAUGAUGGAACCUGUGUAGACCUCAUCAACGAUUACCAGUGUGCAUGUGUUAUGGGAUUCAACGGCAAAAACUGUACUGUCGAUAUCGAUGAAUGUGUUGACCAACCUUGUGAGAACAAUGGAACAUGCGUGGAUCUCAUCAAUGGUUACGAAUGUCAAUGUGCGUCAGGAUUGAAUGGAACCAACUGCACGCAAAAUAUCGAUGACUGUAUUGACCAACCAUGCGAGAACAAUGGAACAUGCGUGGAUCUCGUCAAUGGCUACAAAUGUCAAUGCGUGGCAGGAUUUAAUGGAACCAACUGCACAGAAAAUAUAGAUGGGUGUGUGGCGGAACCUUGUCAGAACAAUGGAACAUGCAUAGAUCAAAUUAAUACCUACGAAUGUCAAUGUGUUCCGGGAUUUAAUUGGACUCACUGCGAGAAUAAUAUGGAUGAAUGUGCUGGGGAUCCUUGUCAAAACAACGGAACGUGUGUGGACCUUGUAAACAACUACCAGUGUGAUUGUGUCCCUGGUUUUGCAGACACAAACUGUUCAACAAAUAUCGAUGAGUGUUCUGACGGACCAUGCCAGAAUGAUGGAACCUGUGUAGACCUCAUCAACGAUUACCAGUGUGCAUGUGUUAUGGGAUUCAACGGCAAAAACUGUACUGUCGAUAUCGAUGAAUGUGUUGACCAACCUUGUGAGAACAAUGGAACAUGCGUGGAUCUCAUCAAUGGUUACGAAUGUCAAUGUGCGUCAGGAUUGAAUGGAACCAACUGCACGCAAAAUAUCGAUGACUGUAUUGACCAACCAUGCGAGAACAAUGGAACAUGCGUGGAUCUCGUCAAUGGCUACAAAUGUCAAUGCGUGGCAGGAUUUAAUGGAACCAACUGCACAGAAAAUAUAGAUGGGUGUGUGGCGGAACCUUGUCAGAACAAUGGAACAUGCAUAGAUCAAAUUAAUACCUACGAAUGUCAAUGUGUUCCGGGAUUUAAUUGGACUCACUGCGAGAAUAAUAUGGAUGAAUGUGCUGGGGAUCCUUGUCAAAACAACGGAACGUGUGUGGACCUUGUAAACAACUACCAGUGUGAUUGUGUCCCUGGCUUUGCAGACACAAACUGUUCAACAAAUAUCGAUGAGUGUUCUGACGGACCAUGCCAGAAUGAUGGAACCUGUGUAGACCUCAUCAACGAUUACCAGUGUGCAUGUGUUAUGGGAUUCAACGGCAAAAACUGUACUGUCGAUAUCGAUGAAUGUGUUGACCAACCUUGUGAGAACAAUGGAACAUGCGUGGAUCUCAUCAAUGGUUACGAAUGUCAAUGUGCGUCAGGAUUGAAUGGAACCAACUGCACGCAAAAUAUCGAUGACUGUAUUGACCAACCAUGCGAGAACAAUGGAACAUGCGUGGAUCUCGUCAAUGGCUACAAAUGUCAAUGCGUGGCAGGAUUUAAUGGAACCAACUGCACAGAAAAUAUAGAUGGGUGUGUGGCGGAACCUUGUCAGAACAAUGGAACAUGCAUAGAUCAAAUUAAUACCUACGAAUGUCAAUGUGUUCCGGGAUUUAAUUGGACUCACUGCGAGAAUAAUAUGGAUGAAUGUGCUGGGGAUCCUUGUCAAAACAACGGAACGUGUGUGGACCUUGUAAACAACUACCAGUGUGAUUGUGUCCCUGGUUUUGCAGACACAAACUGUUCAACAAAUAUCGAUGAGUGUUCUGACGGACCAUGCCAGAAUGAUGGAACCUGUGUAGACCUCAUCAACGAUUACCAGUGUGCAUGUGUUAUGGGAUUCAACGGCAAAAACUGUACUGUCGAUAUCGAUGAAUGUGUUGACCAACCUUGUGAGAACAAUGGAACAUGCGUGGAUCUCAUCAAUGGUUACGAAUGUCAAUGUGCGUCAGGAUUGAAUGGAACCAACUGCACGCAAAAUAUCGAUGACUGUAUUGACCAACCAUGCGAGAACAAUGGAACAUGCGUGGAUCUCGUCAAUGACUACAAAUGUCAAUGCGUGGCAGGAUUUAAUGGAACCAACUGCACAGAAAAUAUAGAUGGGUGUGUGGCGGAACCUUGUCAGAACAAUGGAACAUGCAUAGAUCAAAUUAAUACCUACGAAUGUCAAUGUGUUCCGGGAUUUAAUUGGACUCACUGCGAGAAUAAUAUGGAUGAAUGUGCUGGGGAUCCUUGUCAAAACAACGGAACGUGUGUGGACCUUGUAAACAACUACCAGUGUGAUUGUGUCCCUGGUUUUGCAGACACAAACUGUUCAACAAAUAUCGAUGAGUGUUCUGACGGACCAUGCCAGAAUGAUGGAACCUGUGUAGACCUCAUCAACGAUUACCAGUGUGCAUGUGUUAUGGGAUUCAACGGCAAAAACUGUACUGUCGAUAUCGAUGAAUGUGUUGACCAACCUUGUGAGAACAAUGGAACAUGCGUGGAUCUCAUCAAUGGUUACGAAUGUCAAUGUGCGUCAGGAUUGAAUGGAACCAACUGCACGCAAAAUAUCGAUGACUGUAUUGACCAACCAUGCGAGAACAAUGGAACAUGCGUGGAUCUCGUCAAUGGCUACAAAUGUCAAUGCGUGGCAGGAUUUAAUGGAACCAACUGCACAGAAAAUAUAGAUGGGUGUGUGGCGGAACCUUGUCAGAACAAUGGAACAUGCAUAGAUCAAAUUAAUACCUACGAAUGUCAAUGUGUUCCGGGAUUUAAUUGGACUCACUGCGAGAAUAAUAUGGAUGAAUGUGCUGGGGAUCCUUGUCAAAACAACGGAACGUGUGUGGACCUUGUAAACAACUACCAGUGUGAUUGUGUCCCUGGUUUUGCAGACACAAACUGUUCAACAAAUAUCGAUGAGUGUUCUGACGGACCAUGCCAGAAUGAUGGAACCUGUGUAGACCUCAUCAACGAUUACCAGUGUGCAUGUGUUAUGGGAUUCAACGGCAAAAACUGUACUGUCGAUAUCGAUGAAUGUGUUGACCAACCUUGUGAGAACAAUGGAACAUGCGUGGAUCUCAUCAAUGGUUACGAAUGUCAAUGUGCGUCAGGAUUGAAUGGAACCAACUGCACGCAAAAUAUCGAUGACUGUAUUGACCAACCAUGCGAGAACAAUGGAACAUGCGUGGAUCUCGUCAAUGGCUACAAAUGUCAAUGCGUGGCAGGAUUUAAUGGAACCAACUGCACAGAAAAUAUAGAUGGGUGUGUGGCGGAACCUUGUCAGAACAAUGGAACAUGCAUAGAUCAAAUUAAUACCUACGAAUGUCAAUGUGUUCCGGGAUUUAAUUGGACUCACUGCGAGAAUAAUAUGGAUGAAUGUGCUGGGGAUCCUUGUCAAAACAACGGAACGUGUGUGGACCUUGUAAACAACUACCAGUGUGAUUGUGUCCCUGGUUUUGCAGACACAAACUGUUCAACAAAUAUCGAUGAGUGUUCUGACGGACCAUGCCAGAAUGAUGGAACCUGUGUAGACCUCAUCAACGAUUACCAGUGUGCAUGUGUUAUGGGAUUCAACGGCAAAAACUGUACUGUCGAUAUCGAUGAAUGUGUUGACCAACCUUGUGAGAACAAUGGAACAUGCGUGGAUCUCAUCAAUGGUUACGAAUGUCAAUGUGCGUCAGGAUUGAAUGGAACCAACUGCACGCAAAAUAUCGAUGACUGUAUUGACCAACCAUGCGAGAACAAUGGAACAUGCGUGGAUCUCGUCAAUGGCUACAAAUGUCAAUGCGUGGCAGGAUUUAAUGGAACCAACUGCACAGAAAAUAUAGAUGGGUGUGUGGCGGAACCUUGUCAGAACAAUGGAACAUGCAUAGAUCAAAUUAAUACCUACGAAUGUCAAUGUGUUCCGGGAUUUAAUUGGACUCACUGCGAGAAUAAUAUGGAUGAAUGUGCUGGGGAUCCUUGUCAAAACAACGGAACGUGUGUGGACCUUGUAAACAACUACCAGUGUGAUUGUGUCCCUGGUUUUGCAGACACAAACUGUUCAACAAAUAUCGAUGAGUGUUCUGACGGACCAUGCCAGAAUGAUGGAACCUGUGUAGACCUCAUCAACGAUUACCAGUGUGCAUGUGUUAUGGGAUUCAACGGCAAAAACUGUACUGUCGAUAUCGAUGAAUGUGUUGACCAACCUUGUGAGAACAAUGGAACAUGCGUGGAUCUCAUCAAUGGUUACGAAUGUCAAUGUGCGUCAGGAUUGAAUGGAACCAACUGCACGCAAAAUAUCGAUGACUGUAUUGACCAACCAUGCGAGAACAAUGGAACAUGCGUGGAUCUCAUCAAUGGCUACAAAUGUCAAUGCGUGGCAGGAUUUAAUGGAACCAACUGCACAGAAAAUAUAGAUGGGUGUGUGGCGGAACCUUGUCAGAACAAUGGAACAUGCAUAGAUCAAAUUAAUACCUACGAAUGUCAAUGUGUUCCGGGAUUUAAUUGGACUCACUGCGAGAAUAAUAUGGAUGAAUGUGCUGGGGAUCCUUGUCAAAACAACGGAACGUGUGUGGACCUUGUAAACAACUACCAGUGUGAUUGUGUCCCUGGUUUUGCAGACACAAACUGUUCAACAAAUAUCGAUGAGUGUUCUGACGGACCAUGCCAGAAUGAUGGAACCUGUGUAGACCUCAUCAACGAUUACCAGUGUGCAUGUGUUAUGGGAUUCAACGGCAAAAACUGUACUGUCGAUAUCGAUGAAUGUGUUGACCAACCUUGUGAGAACAAUGGAACAUGCGUGGAUCUCAUCAAUGGUUACGAAUGUCAAUGUGCGUCAGGAUUGAAUGGAACCAACUGCACGCAAAAUAUCGAUGACUGUAUUGACCAACCAUGCGAGAACAAUGGAACAUGCGUGGAUCUCGUCAAUGGCUACAAAUGUCAAUGCGUGGCAGGAUUUAAUGGAACCAACUGCACAGAAAAUAUAGAUGGGUGUGUGGCGGAACCUUGUCAGAACAAUGGAACAUGCAUAGAUCAAAUUAAUACCUACGAAUGUCAAUGUGUUCCGGGAUUUAAUUGGACUCACUGCGAGAAUAAUAUGGAUGAAUGUGCUGGGGAUCCUUGUCAAAACAACGGAACGUGUGUGGACCUUGUAAACAACUACCAGUGUGAUUGUGUCCCUGGUUUUGCAGACACAAACUGUUCAACAAAUAUCGAUGAGUGUUCUGACGGACCAUGCCAGAAUGAUGGAACCUGUGUAGACCUCAUCAACGAUUACCAGUGUGCAUGUGUUAUGGGAUUCAACGGCAAAAACUGUACUGUCGAUAUCGAUGAAUGUGUUGACCAACCUUGUGAGAACAAUGGAACAUGCGUGGAUCUCAUCAAUGGUUACGAAUGUCAAUGUGCGUCAGGAUUGAAUGGAACCAACUGCACGCAAAAUAUCGAUGACUGUAUUGACCAACCAUGCGAGAACAAUGGAACAUGCGUGGAUCUCGUCAAUGGCUACAAAUGUCAAUGCGUGGCAGGAUUUAAUGGAACCAACUGCACAGAAAAUAUAGAUGGGUGUGUGGCGGAACCUUGUCAGAACAAUGGAACAUGCAUAGAUCAAAUUAAUACCUACGAAUGUCAAUGUGUUCCGGGAUUUAAUUGGACUCACUGCGAGAAUAAUAUGGAUGAAUGUGCUGGGGAUCCUUGUCAAAACAACGGAACGUGUGUGGACCUUGUAAACAACUACCAGUGUGAUUGUGUCCCUGGUUUUGCAGACACAAACUGUUCAACAAAUAUCGAUGAGUGUUCUGACGGACCAUGCCAGAAUGAUGGAACCUGUGUAGACCUCAUCAACGAUUACCAGUGUGCAUGUGUUAUGGGAUUCAACGGCAAAAACUGUACUGUCGAUAUCGAUGAAUGUGUUGACCAACCUUGUGAGAACAAUGGAACAUGCGUGGAUCUCAUCAAUGGUUACGAAUGUCAAUGUGCGUCAGGAUUGAAUGGAACCAACUGCACGCAAAAUAUCGAUGACUGUAUUGACCAACCAUGCGAGAACAAUGGAACAUGCGUGGAUCUCGUCAAUGGCUACAAAUGUCAAUGCGUGGCAGGAUUUAAUGGAACCAACUGCACAGAAAAUAUAGAUGGGUGUGUGGCGGAACCUUGUCAGAACAAUGGAACAUGCAUAGAUCAAAUUAAUACCUACGAAUGUCAAUGUGUUCCGGGAUUUAAUUGGACUCACUGCGAGAAUAAUAUGGAUGAAUGUGCUGGGGAUCCUUGUCAAAACAACGGAACGUGUGUGGACCUUGUAAACAACUACCAGUGUGAUUGUGUCCCUGGUUUUGCAGACACAAACUGUUCAACAAAUAUCGAUGAGUGUUCUGACGGACCAUGCCAGAAUGAUGGAACCUGUGUAGACCUCAUCAACGAUUACCAGUGUGCAUGUGUUAUGGGAUUCAACGGCAAAAACUGUACUGUCGAUAUCGAUGAAUGUGUUGACCAACCUUGUGAGAACAAUGGAACAUGCGUGGAUCUCAUCAAUGGUUACGAAUGUCAAUGUGCGUCAGGAUUGAAUGGAACCAACUGCACGCAAAAUAUCGAUGACUGUAUUGACCAACCAUGCGAGAACAAUGGAACAUGCGUGGAUCUCAUCAAUGGCUACAAAUGUCAAUGCGUGGCAGGAUUUAAUGGAACCAACUGCACAGAAAAUAUAGAUGGGUGUGUGGCGGAACCUUGUCAGAACAAUGGAACAUGCAUAGAUCAAAUUAAUACCUACGAAUGUCAAUGUGUUCCGGGAUUUAAUUGGACUCACUGCGAGAAUAAUAUGGAUGAAUGUGCUGGGGAUCCUUGUCAAAACAACGGAACGUGUGUGGACCUUGUAAACAACUACCAGUGUGAUUGUGUCCCUGGUUUUGCAGACACAAACUGUUCAACAAAUAUCGAUGAGUGUUCUGACGGACCAUGCCAGAAUGAUGGAACCUGUGUAGACCUCAUCAACGAUUACCAGUGUGCAUGUGUUAUGGGAUUCAACGGCAAAAACUGUACUGUCGAUAUCAAUGAAUGUGUUGACCAACCUUGUGAGAACAAUGGAACAUGCGUGGAUCUCAUCAAUGGUUACGAAUGUCAAUGUGCGUCAGGAUUGAAUGGAACCAACUGCACGCAAAAUAUCGAUGACUGUAUUGACCAACCAUGCGAGAACAAUGGAACAUGCGUGGAUCUCGUCAAUGGCUACAAAUGUCAAUGCGUGGCAGGAUUUAAUGGAACCAACUGCACAGAAAAUAUAGAUGGGUGUGUGGCGGAACCUUGUCAGAACAAUGGAACAUGCAUAGAUCAAAUUAAUACCUACGAAUGUCAAUGUGUUCCGGGAUUUAAUUGGACUCACUGCGAGAAUAAUAUGGAUGAAUGUGCUGGGGAUCCUUGUCAAAACAACGGAACGUGUGUGGACCUUGUAAACAACUACCAGUGUGAUUGUGUCCCUGGUUUUGCAGACACAAACUGUUCAACAAAUAUCGAUGAGUGUUCUGACGGACCAUGCCAGAAUGAUGGAACCUGUGUAGACCUCAUCAACGAUUACCAGUGUGCAUGUGUUAUGGGAUUCAACGGCAAAAACUGUACUGUCGAUAUCGAUGAAUGUGUUGACCAACCUUGUGAGAACAAUGGAACAUGCGUGGAUCUCAUCAAUGGUUACGAAUGUCAAUGUGCGUCAGGAUUGAAUGGAACCAACUGCACGCAAAAUAUCGAUGACUGUAUUGACCAACCAUGCGAGAACAAUGGAACAUGCGUGGAUCUCGUCAAUGGCUACAAAUGUCAAUGCGUGGCAGGAUUUAAUGGAACCAACUGCACAGAAAAUAUAGAUGGGUGUGUGGCGGAACCUUGUCAGAACAAUGGAACAUGCAUAGAUCAAAUUAAUACCUACGAAUGUCAAUGUGUUCCGGGAUUUAAUUGGACUCACUGCGAGAAUAAUAUGGAUGAAUGUGCUGGGGAUCCUUGUCAAAACAACGGAACGUGUGUGGACCUUGUAAACAACUACCAGUGUGAUUGUGUCCCUGGUUUUGCAGACACAAACUGUUCAACAAAUAUCGAUGAGUGUUCUGACGGACCAUGCCAGAAUGAUGGAACCUGUGUAGACCUCAUCAACGAUUACCAGUGUGCAUGUGUUAUGGGAUUCAACGGCAAAAACUGUACUGUCGAUAUCGAUGAAUGUGUUGACCAACCUUGUGAGAACAAUGGAACAUGCGUGGAUCUCAUCAAUGGUUACGAAUGUCAAUGUGCGUCAGGAUUGAAUGGAACCAACUGCACGCAAAAUAUCGAUGACUGUAUUGACCAACCAUGCGAGAACAAUGGAACAUGCGUGGAUCUCGUCAAUGGCUACAAAUGUCAAUGCGUGGCAGGAUUUAAUGGAACCAACUGCACAGAAAAUAUAGAUGGGUGUGUGGCGGAACCUUGUCAGAACAAUGGAACAUGCAUAGAUCAAAUUAAUACCUACGAAUGUCAAUGUGUUCCGGGAUUUAAUUGGACUCACUGCGAGAAUAAUAUGGAUGAAUGUGCUGGGGAUCCUUGUCAAAACAACGGAACGUGUGUGGACCUUGUAAACAACUACCAGUGUGAUUGUGUCCCUGGUUUUGCAGACACAAACUGUUCAACAAAUAUCGAUGAGUGUUCUGACGGACCAUGCCAGAAUGAUGGAACCUGUGUAGACCUCAUCAACGAUUACCAGUGUGCAUGUGUUAUGGGAUUCAACGGCAAAAACUGUACUGUCGAUAUCGAUGAAUGUGUUGACCAACCUUGUGAGAACAAUGGAACAUGCGUGGAUCUCAUCAAUGGUUACGAAUGUCAAUGUGCGUCAGGAUUGAAUGGAACCAACUGCACGCAAAAUAUCGAUGACUGUAUUGACCAACCAUGCGAGAACAAUGGAACAUGCGUGGAUCUCAUCAAUGGCUACAAAUGUCAAUGCGUGGCAGGAUUUAAUGGAACCAACUGCACAGAAAAUAUAGAUGGGUGUGUGGCGGAACCUUGUCAGAACAAUGGAACAUGCAUAGAUCAAAUUAAUACCUACGAAUGUCAAUGUGUUCCGGGAUUUAAUUGGACUCACUGCGAGAAUAAUAUGGAUGAAUGUGCUGGGGAUCCUUGUCAAAACAACGGAACGUGUGUGGACCUUGUAAACAACUACCAGUGUGAUUGUGUCCCUGGUUUUGCAGACACAAACUGUUCAACAAAUAUCGAUGAGUGUUCUGACGGACCAUGCCAGAAUGAUGGAACCUGUGUAGACCUCAUCAACGAUUACCAGUGUGCAUGUGUUAUGGGAUUCAACGGCAAAAACUGUACUGUCGAUAUCAAUGAAUGUGUUGACCAACCUUGUGAGAACAAUGGAACAUGCGUGGAUCUCAUCAAUGGUUACGAAUGUCAAUGUGCGUCAGGAUUGAAUGGAACCAACUGCACGCAAAAUAUCGAUGACUGUAUUGACCAACCAUGCGAGAACAAUGGAACAUGCGUGGAUCUCGUCAAUGGCUACAAAUGUCAAUGCGUGGCAGGAUUUAAUGGAACCAACUGCACAGAAAAUAUAGAUGGGUGUGUGGCGGAACCUUGUCAGAACAAUGGAACAUGCAUAGAUCAAAUUAAUACCUACGAAUGUCAAUGUGUUCCGGGAUUUAAUUGGACUCACUGCGAGAAUAAUAUGGAUGAAUGUGCUGGGGAUCCUUGUCAAAACAACGGAACGUGUGUGGACCUUGUAAACAACUACCAGUGUGAUUGUGUCCCUGGUUUUGCAGACACAAACUGUUCAACAAAUAUCGAUGAGUGUUCUGACGGACCAUGCCAGAAUGAUGGAACCUGUGUAGACCUCAUCAACGAUUACCAGUGUGCAUGUGUUAUGGGAUUCAACGGCAAAAACUGUACUGUCGAUAUCGAUGAAUGUGUUGACCAACCUUGUGAGAACAAUGGAACAUGCGUGGAUCUCAUCAAUGGUUACGAAUGUCAAUGUGCGUCAGGAUUGAAUGGAACCAACUGCACGCAAAAUAUCGAUGACUGUAUUGACCAACCAUGCGAGAACAAUGGAACAUGCGUGGAUCUCGUCAAUGGCUACAAAUGUCAAUGCGUGGCAGGAUUUAAUGGAACCAACUGCACAGAAAAUAUAGAUGGGUGUGUGGCGGAACCUUGUCAGAACAAUGGAACAUGCAUAGAUCAAAUUAAUACCUACGAAUGUCAAUGUGUUCCGGGAUUUAAUUGGACUCACUGCGAGAAUAAUAUGGAUGAAUGUGCUGGGGAUCCUUGUCAAAACAACGGAACGUGUGUGGACCUUGUAAACAACUACCAGUGUGAUUGUGUCCCUGGUUUUGCAGACACAAACUGUUCAACAAAUAUCGAUGAGUGUUCUGACGGACCAUGCCAGAAUGAUGGAACCUGUGUAGACCUCAUCAACGAUUACCAGUGUGCAUGUGUUAUGGGAUUCAACGGCAAAAACUGUACUGUCGAUAUCGAUGAAUGUGUUGACCAACCUUGUGAGAACAAUGGAACAUGCGUGGAUCUCAUCAAUGGUUACGAAUGUCAAUGUGCGUCAGGAUUGAAUGGAACCAACUGCACGCAAAAUAUCGAUGACUGUAUUGACCAACCAUGCGAGAACAAUGGAACAUGCGUGGAUCUCGUCAAUGGCUACAAAUGUCAAUGCGUGGCAGGAUUUAAUGGAACCAACUGCACAGAAAAUAUAGAUGGGUGUGUGGCGGAACCUUGUCAGAACAAUGGAACAUGCAUAGAUCAAAUUAAUACCUACGAAUGUCAAUGUGUUCCGGGAUUUAAUUGGACUCACUGCGAGAAUAAUAUGGAUGAAUGUGCUGGGGAUCCUUGUCAAAACAACGGAACGUGUGUGGACCUUGUAAACAACUACCAGUGUGAUUGUGUCCCUGGUUUUGCAGACACAAACUGUUCAACAAAUAUCGAUGAGUGUUCUGACGGACCAUGCCAGAAUGAUGGAACCUGUGUAGACCUCAUCAACGAUUACCAGUGUGCAUGUGUUAUGGGAUUCAACGGCAAAAACUGUACUGUCGAUAUCGAUGAAUGUGUUGACCAACCUUGUGAGAACAAUGGAACAUGCGUGGAUCUCAUCAAUGGUUACGAAUGUCAAUGUGCGUCAGGAUUGAAUGGAACCAACUGCACGCAAAAUAUCGAUGACUGUAUUGACCAACCAUGCGAGAACAAUGGAACAUGCGUGGAUCUCAUCAAUGGCUACAAAUGUCAAUGCGUGGCAGGAUUUAAUGGAACCAACUGCACAGAAAAUAUAGAUGGGUGUGUGGCGGAACCUUGUCAGAACAAUGGAACAUGCAUAGAUCAAAUUAAUACCUACGAAUGUCAAUGUGUUCCGGGAUUUAAUUGGACUCACUGCGAGAAUAAUAUGGAUGAAUGUGCUGGGGAUCCUUGUCAAAACAACGGAACGUGUGUGGACCUUGUAAACAACUACCAGUGUGAUUGUGUCCCUGGUUUUGCAGACACAAACUGUUCAACAAAUAUCGAUGAGUGUUCUGACGGACCAUGCCAGAAUGAUGGAACCUGUGUAGACCUCAUCAACGAUUACCAGUGUGCAUGUGUUAUGGGAUUCAACGGCAAAAACUGUACUGUCGAUAUCGAUGAAUGUGUUGACCAACCUUGUGAGAACAAUGGAACAUGCGUGGAUCUCAUCAAUGGUUACGAAUGUCAAUGUGCGUCAGGAUUGAAUGGAACCAACUGCACGCAAAAUAUCGAUGACUGUAUUGACCAACCAUGCGAGAACAAUGGAACAUGCGUGGAUCUCGUCAAUGGCUACAAAUGUCAAUGCGUGGCAGGAUUUAAUGGAACCAACUGCACAGAAAAUAUAGAUGGGUGUGUGGCGGAACCUUGUCAGAACAAUGGAACAUGCAUAGAUCAAAUUAAUACCUACGAAUGUCAAUGUGUUCCGGGAUUUAAUUGGACUCACUGCGAGAAUAAUAUGGAUGAAUGUGCUGGGGAUCCUUGUCAAAACAACGGAACGUGUGUGGACCUUGUAAACAACUACCAGUGUGAUUGUGUCCCUGGUUUUGCAGACACAAACUGUUCAACAAAUAUCGAUGAGUGUUCUGACGGACCAUGCCAGAAUGAUGGAACCUGUGUAGACCUCAUCAACGAUUACCAGUGUGCAUGUGUUAUGGGAUUCAACGGCAAAAACUGUACUGUCGAUAUCGAUGAAUGUGUUGACCAACCUUGUGAGAACAAUGGAACAUGCGUGGAUCUCAUCAAUGGUUACGAAUGUCAAUGUGCGUCAGGAUUGAAUGGAACCAACUGCACGCAAAAUAUCGAUGACUGUAUUGACCAACCAUGCGAGAACAAUGGAACAUGCGUGGAUCUCGUCAAUGGCUACAAAUGUCAAUGCGUGGCAGGAUUUAAUGGAACCAACUGCACAGAAAAUAUAGAUGGGUGUGUGGCGGAACCUUGUCAGAACAAUGGAACAUGCAUAGAUCAAAUUAAUACCUACGAAUGUCAAUGUGUUCCGGGAUUUAAUUGGACUCACUGCGAGAAUAAUAUGGAUGAAUGUGCUGGGGAUCCUUGUCAAAACAACGGAACGUGUGUGGACCUUGUAAACAACUACCAGUGUGAUUGUGUCCCUGGUUUUGCAGACACAAACUGUUCAACAAAUAUCGAUGAGUGUUCUGACGGACCAUGCCAGAAUGAUGGAACCUGUGUAGACCUCAUCAACGAUUACCAGUGUGCAUGUGUUAUGGGAUUCAACGGCAAAAACUGUACUGUCGAUAUCGAUGAAUGUGUUGACCAACCUUGUGAGAACAAUGGAACAUGCGUGGAUCUCAUCAAUGGUUACGAAUGUCAAUGUGCGUCAGGAUUGAAUGGAACCAACUGCACGCAAAAUAUCGAUGACUGUAUUGACCAACCAUGCGAGAACAAUGGAACAUGCGUGGAUCUCGUCAAUGGCUACAAAUGUCAAUGCGUGGCAGGAUUUAAUGGAACCAACUGCACAGAAAAUAUAGAUGGGUGUGUGGCGGAACCUUGUCAGAACAAUGGAACAUGCAUAGAUCAAAUUAAUACCUACGAAUGUCAAUGUGUUCCGGGAUUUAAUUGGACUCACUGCGAGAAUAAUAUGGAUGAAUGUGCUGGGGAUCCUUGUCAAAACAACGGAACGUGUGUGGACCUUGUAAACAACUACCAGUGUGAUUGUGUCCCUGGUUUUGCAGACACAAACUGUUCAACAAAUAUCGAUGAGUGUUCUGACGGACCAUGCCAGAAUGAUGGAACCUGUGUAGACCUCAUCAACGAUUACCAGUGUGCAUGUGUUAUGGGAUUCAACGGCAAAAACUGUACUGUCGAUAUCGAUGAAUGUGUUGACCAACCUUGUGAGAACAAUGGAACAUGCGUGGAUCUCAUCAAUGGUUACGAAUGUCAAUGUGCGUCAGGAUUGAAUGGAACCAACUGCACGCAAAAUAUCGAUGACUGUAUUGACCAACCAUGCGAGAACAAUGGAACAUGCGUGGAUCUCAUCAAUGGCUACAAAUGUCAAUGCGUGGCAGGAUUUAAUGGAACCAACUGCACAGAAAAUAUAGAUGGGUGUGUGGCGGAACCUUGUCAGAACAAUGGAACAUGCAUAGAUCAAAUUAAUACCUACGAAUGUCAAUGUGUUCCGGGAUUUAAUUGGACUCACUGCGAGAAUAAUAUGGAUGAAUGUGCUGGGGAUCCUUGUCAAAACAACGGAACGUGUGUGGACCUUGUAAACAACUACCAGUGUGAUUGUGUCCCUGGUUUUGCAGACACAAACUGUUCAACAAAUAUCGAUGAGUGUUCUGACGGACCAUGCCAGAAUGAUGGAACCUGUGUAGACCUCAUCAACGAUUACCAGUGUGCAUGUGUUAUGGGAUUCAACGGCAAAAACUGUACUGUCGAUAUCGAUGAAUGUGUUGACCAACCUUGUGAGAACAAUGGAACAUGCGUGGAUCUCAUCAAUGGUUACGAAUGUCAAUGUGCGUCAGGAUUGAAUGGAACCAACUGCACGCAAAAUAUCGAUGACUGUAUUGACCAACCAUGCGAGAACAAUGGAACAUGCGUGGAUCUCGUCAAUGGCUACAAAUGUCAAUGCGUGGCAGGAUUUAAUGGAACCAACUGCACAGAAAAUAUAGAUGGGUGUGUGGCGGAACCUUGUCAGAACAAUGGAACAUGCAUAUAUCAAAUUAAUACCUACGAAUGUCAAUGUGUUCCGGGAUUUAAUUGGACUCACUGCGAGAAUAAUAUGGAUGAAUGUGCUGGGGAUCCUUGUCAAAACAACGGAACGUGUGUGGACCUUGUAAACAACUACCAGUGUGAUUGUGUCCCUGGUUUUGCAGACACAAACUGUUCAACAAAUAUCGAUGAGUGUUCUGACGGACCAUGCCAGAAUGAUGGAACCUGUGUAGACCUCAUCAACGAUUACCAGUGUGCAUGUGUUAUGGGAUUCAACGGCAAAAACUGUACUGUCGAUAUCGAUGAAUGUGUUGACCAACCUUGUGAGAACAAUGGAACAUGCGUGGAUCUCAUCAAUGGUUACGAAUGUCAAUGUGCGUCAGGAUUGAAUGGAACCAACUGCACGCAAAAUAUCGAUGACUGUAUUGACCAACCAUGCGAGAACAAUGGAACAUGCGUGGAUCUCAUCAAUGGCUACAAAUGUCAAUGCGUGGCAGGAUUUAAUGGAACCAACUGCACAGAAAAUAUAGAUGGGUGUGUGGCGGAACCUUGUCAGAACAAUGGAACAUGCAUAGAUCAAAUUAAUACCUACGAAUGUCAAUGUGUUCCGGGAUUUAAUUGGACUCACUGCGAGAAUAAUAUGGAUGAAUGUGCUGGGGAUCCUUGUCAAAACAACGGAACGUGUGUGGACCUUGUAAACAACUACCAGUGUGAUUGUGUCCCUGGUUUUGCAGACACAAACUGUUCAACAAAUAUCGAUGAGUGUUCUGACGGACCAUGCCAGAAUGAUGGAACCUGUGUAGACCUCAUCAACGAUUACCAGUGUGCAUGUGUUAUGGGAUUCAACGGCAAAAACUGUACUGUCGAUAUCGAUGAAUGUGUUGACCAACCUUGUGAGAACAAUGGAACAUGCGUGGAUCUCAUCAAUGGUUACGAAUGUCAAUGUGCGUCAGGAUUGAAUGGAACCAACUGCACGCAAAAUAUCGAUGACUGUAUUGACCAACCAUGCGAGAACAAUGGAACAUGCGUGGAUCUCGUCAAUGGCUACAAAUGUCAAUGCGUGGCAGGAUUUAAUGGAACCAACUGCACAGAAAAUAUAGAUGGGUGUGUGGCGGAACCUUGUCAGAACAAUGGAACAUGCAUAGAUCAAAUUAAUACCUACGAAUGUCAAUGUGUUCCGGGAUUUAAUUGGACUCACUGCGAGAAUAAUAUGGAUGAAUGUGCUGGGGAUCCUUGUCAAAACAACGGAACGUGUGUGGACCUUGUAAACAACUACCAGUGUGAUUGUGUCCCUGGUUUUGCAGACACAAACUGUUCAACAAAUAUAGAUGAGUGUUCUGACGGACCAUGCCAGAAUGAUGGAACCUGUGUAGACCUCAUCAACGAUUACCAGUGUGCAUGUGUGAUGGGAUUCAACGGCAAAAACUGUACAGUCGAUAUCGAUGAAUGUGUUGACCAACCUUGUGAGAACAAUGGAACAUGCGUGGAUCACAUCAAUGGUUAUGAAUGUCAAUGUGCGCCAGGAUUUAAUGGAACCAACUGCACGCAAAAGGAAGCAACCACAACUGAAUCUCCAACAACAUCUACAACUGCCAUUGUAGAACUACCAAUCAAUGAGGCUAUUGUGUUUGGUGCAAGUGCUCAAGACUCAACAUUGAUGGGAGAUGACCAAACAACAACGGUUCUACGAUCUCCCACCACAUUACAAGUCGGUGAUGGUACAGAUGGAGGGUUUUCUGAAGUAUUCAUUGGUACAAACGGUAUCAUUGGACUUGGAGAACAAUAUAAUAGCUUUGUGCCCAGAGAUAUCUCUUCAAGCGAAACAUUAGGUCGCAAAAUUCUAUGUCCAUUUUGGUUUGAUUUGAUGACUGAAGGCGCGGAUUCGGCUGUGUAUUACAAUGUAUAUAAAAGGGAGGAUCAAAAUGAUGCCGCUAUUUUACAAAGAGUUGAUAGAAUAAUUCAGAACUCUUUCGAUGACUUCAAAACCUUCCAAUCAGCAAUUGUUUACAAGGCAACAUGGAACAACAUGACAUUUUUCACGGAUCGAACACAGAGAGUGACGUUCCAAACUCUCGUUGUUUCUGAUGGUCAGGACACAUUUAGUGUGGUGAACUAUAUCAACGUAAAUGCUAGAUCAACAUCCGGGCGUCGUAUCUCUAUUGGAUACAGAUAUAGACAGUUUGCAGACAGCAAUACCUAUUCCAAUCAAGCAGCCGCCUUUCGAAUGUCGGGGAUUUCUGGGAAUAGCGGGUUUGAUGGAUUCUGGGUUACAAAGCUGACUGAAGCCACUAUUACGAAUCCCUUGGAGAAUGAAUGUUAUAACUGGUAUGCCGAGCAGUCCUUGAGAUCACGUCCUAAUGUCUGGUGGACGUCAUGUCCCUGUAAUGGUGCAUCUCUGAGAUUCUUUGGAUUUUCGUUUAACUAUAACCGAUACGACGCAGCGAACGAUGUAUACUGUUACACAUCCCUUACCGUUGGGUCCUCUUUGGAGUGUUGUUAUCCUCUCCGAUGGCGAUGGUGGGCUGGAUUUCGACUGGGUCCGCUGACCAGGCGUAUUCCCGCAUCAGGGUCGAUGCUCUCUGCAAAUCCAUUUUUUCAACCAGCAGAAUAUUAUCGUGAUAAUGCCAGGCCAAAGGAGGCUUGCUGUGCAUCCGGACAUUGCGAUUGGUAUUACAGCUUGCGGCCUAGACCAUCAUUCUGCCUAAGGUUGAUUCCUGUUCGGAUAGCCUGGUUCUGGGGUGAUCCACAUAUCAACACACUAGACGGGGACCAGUACACAUUUAAUGGUUACGGCGAAUACACAAUGAUGAAAAUCGACUUUAACGGCACAUCUUUCAACUUGCAAGCUCGAACAGAAUUGGCAACCAGAGAGAAUGGCACCACAAUAAAUGCAACCAUAUUUAGCGCAUUUGUUGCUAAAGAUCAUACCAACUCCAUUUUGCAAGUGGAACUGUCCAGGAACAAAGACAAGAUGUAUGUGCGUGGGGAUGGACGUGAUCUAACAACAGCGUUUGAGGAGAACCCGAAUUUUGUUCGGAGGACUGUGAACAUGGUGAUAUCAAAAGAAAAUGGAACUAUUGUAGCAUCGUUCAUUAAAAGCGAGAUAACAGUUAAGAUAAGUUUAGGCGUGCGGUUCCUGGCUUUGGAGACUAUGGUAGAUGAGAAGUACAGGGGAGAGGUCACAGGAUUAAUGGGGAAUUUCGACGGAAACUCCACAAACGACUUUCUUCUCCCAAACGGAACUACAUUGUAUGGAAGUGAUGUUGCAACGGAACGCGGCAUAUAUAACAACUUUGGACAACUUUGGUCAAUCAACAGUACCAUGUCCUUAUUCCACUAUGACAUUGGAUUAUCCCAUGACGAUUACUCGCACCCAGAUUUCGUGCCGCUUUAUAUCGAUGAAUUCCCAGAAGAAAAAGUUAAUCAAUCACGGGAGGUAUGUGGAGGAGCUAGCGCUACACAAGCAUGCAUUUUUGAUUUCCUUGCCACUGAGGAUCGUUCCCUAGCCCAGUCAUCAGGAGUUGAGGCUGAUGCUUCCACAGCUGACACCGCUAGUCUAGAUAACUCCAUUCCAGAAAUUGAAGGCGACACGCAGAUUAAUGUAGAAGUGAACAAACCUGUUCAAAUUGCCUUUAAUGCUUCAGACGAUGGUGAUUUUACUUAUGAAAUACUUCAACAACCCCCAGGCUUCAGUUUCAACAAUACAACUGGCAUUGCAACAUGGACGCCAGAUGACGAAAAUGUUGCCAACAUUAGUGUCACUGUGGUGGAUGACAAAGGAGAACAGGCUGCGCCGGUAGAUGUCGCUAUUGUCAUGUGUUCUGGUUGCAGUAAUAAUGGAAAAUGUAACUUUAACAAUACACGAAGUUCCGGAAGUGAUAUGUUUAGUUACGCUGAAUGCGACUGUCACAUAGGAUAUUCCGGGUUGAAAUGUGAGAACGACACUAAUGGUUGUGAACAGAACCCUUGCAUCGUUGGUACAAACUGCACAGACUUGAGUCCUGCGGAGGAAGAAUACUUUCAUCGAGGCUAUAAUUGUUCCGAAUGCCCAGCUGGUUUCUACAAAACCGAGAGCAAAUGCGAAGAUAUUGAUGAAUGUAAUGGCACAACAGCUUGCGAUAUGAAGACAGAAGACUGUGAAAAUACAGAAGGAAGUUUUAGGUGUAACUGUAAACCUGGCUAUAGGAAAAUAGGAAGCAACUGUCAAGACAUUGAUGAGUGCACAGACAGUACGUCAGGAUGUGAACAGAAAUGUGAGAACACCCCUGGAUCUUUCAACUGCUCUUGUGUGACUGGUUUUACGUUAAACAACGACAAUAAAACAUGUAAUUCAACAGGAGUUGAUAAAUGUACAGGACUAAAUUGUGAAUAUACAUGCGACGACGACGAUGAGGGGUCGGCAAAGGUUUGCAUCUGCCGGACUGGGUACACCUUAGAGAACGCAGAAAACUGUACAGAUAUAGAUGAAUGUAAGAUAGGAGGGGUGUGCUCACAGAACUGUCAGAAUUCCGUCGGCUCCUACACUUGUUCCUGCUAUGCCGGUUAUUCAUUGAAUGCAGAUAAAACGACAUGUUCAGAAUGCGAAACUCCAAAUUAUGGUGUAGAUUGCAAACAAACGUGUAGAUGUGGCAAAGGAAUGGAUAGAUGCGAUAGAGUAAGAGGUUGUAUUUGUAAAACCGGCUGGACCGGAAGUAACUGUGGACAGGAUGUGAAUGAAUGCACCGAUGAUCCAAACAUUUGUGGCGAUGACAAAACCUGUAAAAAUUUGGAAGGAUCUUACGCCUGCAACUGUAGAGCUGGAUAUACCAAAGUGAACAAUGACUGUGUUGACAUCAACGAAUGUGCUAAUGUUGGUUCUAACAACUGUUCGUCCGAGACUACGACAUGCACCAAUAACAAUGGCAGCUAUAGCUGUACAUGUAAAUCCGGAUAUAAGCAGCUUGGAAAUAAUCCAUAUGAAUGCACAGAUAUUGACGAAUGCGAGGUCGGAAAUGAUGGUUGCAGUCAGAUUUGUCAAAACGUAGACGGAGGGUUUAACUGUGAAUGUGAAUUUGGUUACACUUUGGGCGAUGACAGAAAGACUUGUAUAGAAGUCCGGGAUAUUUGUUCCCUCUACCCGGAUCUGAAUUGUGAAUAUGGCUGUAAGCAGGACAGCGCCAAUAAAAGCAUUGCAUACUGUUUCUGUCGUACUGGAUACCAAAUUCAAGCGCAAGAUAAGAGGACUUGUGUCGAUAUCAAUGAGUGCAACAACGACACUCUGAAUAAAUGUUCCUUUAAAGACGAAUGUGUAAACAUCGACGGGUCAUAUAACUGUUCAUGUCCAGAGGGGUAUUCCUUACAAAACGACGGAAGAACGUGUGAAGAAUGCAAUGGUUUCACGUAUGGUGUGGAUUGUAAAACGCCGUGUAACUGUGGUUCUGGUGCUGAAAGAUGUGAUAAAGUGAGAGGUUGUAUAUGUCUGGAUGGAUGGGCGGGACAGAAAUGUGAUUCGGAUAUCGACGAAUGCGAAACCAGAAAUCCAUGCACAGGUGCUUAUCAGUUGUGCAAAAACAAGCCGGGAUCAUACGAGUGUAGAUGUGCCCCGGGAUAUAACGAAACGUUCCCAGGGACAUGUGAAGAUAUUGAUGAAUGCAAAGGCACCAAUCCAUGUAGCCAAGUGUGUACAAACACUCCCGGAAGUUACUCCUGCAGCUGUAAUGCUGGAUUUAUAUUGGUUGGAACGUCACAGUGUGAUGACUAUGACGAGUGUUCUGCCCCUGUCAGUCCCUGUGAUCAAAUCUGUGCCAACACAGUAGGCAGCUAUAAGUGUUCCUGUAACCCGGGAUUCCUCCUGAACACGACAACGAGGGUGACCUGUUACGGAAAAACCGAAUGCACAAACGUAACUUUCAAUUGCUCACAAAAAUGUGGAGUGAAUACAGAUGGGUCGGAAUAUUGUUUCUGCAAACCUGGAUAUAAACUGAAUGAAACAAAUGGAACGACAUGUGAUGAUAUUAAUGAAUGUUCGACGAACCCAUGUGGUGAAACUUGUACCGAAAGGGAUCCUGGAUCCGGUUACACUUGUUCAUGUGCUGAAGGGAAGAAGCUGGGUGUAGACCAGAGAACAUGUGUUGUCUGUGAAACUGGAACGUAUGGAUUAGGUUGUGCCGAGAACUGUACAUGUGACAUUCAGAACACUGCCUCGUGUGACCCAGUAUCUGGAAACUGUGCGUGUAAGACAGGGUGGGAGGGAUCCAUAUGUACUGAUGAUAUAAACGAGUGUCAGAAUACAUCGCUGUGUCCGAGCAACUCCAACUGUUCAAACACCAAUGGUUCCUACUCCUGUAUAUGCAAUCUGGGUUACUCCCUUGUCGGUGGACAGUGUAUCGAGUGUUCAAGUACUACGUAUGGUCAAAACUGUGUCGAAUCCUGUACAUGUGACAUUAGUAAUACACAGUCAUGUGACAAACAGACCGGGUCAUGUGCUUGUAAACCGGGAUGGACAAACGAGAACUGUACAAAGAACAUCGACGAGUGUUCUAUCAAUUCUACAAUAUGUGGAGCAAAUGCAACCUGUACCGACACCAACGGAUCGUAUGUUUGCGCGUGUGACUCAGGGUUUCAGAAGAGUUCCAGUGGCUUAUGCGAAGACGUGAACGAGUGCAUAGUUGGACCAAUCAAUUGUGAUACAAACGCUGUAUGUAACAACACGGAAGGCAGUUUUACGUGCACUUGCGUAACAGGCUUUAGCGGAGAUGGCGUUAGUUGUACAGAGUGUUCAAGUACUACAUAUGGUCAAAACUGUGCCGAAUCCUGUACAUGUGACAUUAAUAAUACACAGUCAUGUGACAAACAGACCGGGUCAUGUGCUUGUAAACCGGGAUGGACAAACGAGAACUGUACAAAGAACAUCGACGAGUGUUCUAUCAAUUCUACAAUAUGUGGAGCAAAUGCAACCUGUACCGACACCAACGGAUCGUAUGUUUGCACGUGUGACUCAGGGUUUCAGAAGAGUCCCAGUGGCUUAUGCGAAGAUGUGAACGAAUGCAUGGUUGGACCAAUCAGUUGUAAUACAAACGCUACCUGUAACAACACGGAAGGCAGUUUUACGUGCACUUGUUUGAUAGGCUUUAGCGGAGAUGGCUUUAUUUGUACAGAGUGUUCAAGUACUACGUAUGGUCAAAACUGUGCCGAAUCCUGUAAAUGUGACAUUAGUAAUACACAGUCAUGUGACAAACAGACCGGGUCAUGUGACUGUAAACCGGGAUGGACAAACGAGAACUGUACAAAGAACAUCGACGAGUGUUCUAUCAAUUCUACAAUAUGUGGAGCAAAUGCAACCUGCACAGAUACCAACGGAUCGUAUGUUUGCGCCUGUGACUCAGGGUUUCAGAAGAGUUCCAGUGGCUUAUGCGAAGAGUGUUCAAGUACUACAUAUGGUCAAAACUGUGCUGAAUCCUGUACAUGUGACAUUAAUAAUACACAGUCAUGUGACAAACAGACCGGGUCAUGUGCUUGUAAACCGGGAUGGACAAACGAGAACUGUACAAAGAACAUCGACGAGUGUUCUAUCAAUUCUACAAUAUGUGGAGCAAAUGCAACCUGUACCGACACCAACGGAUCGUAUGUUUGCGCGUGUGACUCAGGGUUUCAGAAGGGUCCCAGUGGCUUAUGCGAAGAUGUGAACGAAUGCAUGGUUGGACCAAUCAGUUGUGAUACAAACGCUACCUGUAACAACACGGAAGGCAGUUUUACGUGCACUUGUUUGAUAGGCUUUAGCGGAGAUGGCUUUAUUUGUACAGGCUGCAACACCACAUUUUAUGGCACGAAUUGUAGUGGUCCGUGCACGUGUAUAGAGGCUAACACGGAUGACUGCAUUGAUAGUAACGGAACUUGUCAAUGCAAGUCAGGAUGGAGCGGUGUGAACUGUGAACUUGACGACAAUGAAUGCACAACCAAUCAACAUAAUUGUAACUCAACCCUGGAAGAGUGUGUGAAUGAUAAUGGGGGAUUUAGAUGUGUUUGUAUUUAUGGAAACAGCAGCACGGGCUGUAUCGCGAAAGAAGAUCCUUACAAUACACAAUUAAAUGAAGUGAAAAUUGGAGUGGUUUUAACAUUCAACACCACCAUUGAUCUCAGUGACUAUGAUGCUGCGAAACAAAAGAUGGAACAAACCCUUUACAGCUACUACAACAAGACCAUCACAGUAUAUUUCAGAGUUGUCAUCCUAGUAAUUAGAAUUGGAAGUACGGUUGUGGACCACGAAAUCGUCACAAACGAUACAACCGCAGGCAGCCAGCAGAUUUCCCGGUUAGUGACUAGUCUUCCUGCAGCAGCGCCGACAAUAGUUUACGAUGGUACAAAGCUGGGCCUCUUAUCUGUAGAAAUGGUGGACGCGAGUGGAAAUCGAACAAAUAUAACAGCAUCCACAUCCGGAUGUGAGGUCUAUGUUAUUUUCAACCCAUGCAAUGCAGGCGAGCAGUGUGUAGAAAGCGGGAAUACUUACUCCUGUUCGUUGAUAACAGACGAUUCUGAUGACUUUCAGCUCAUAGUGGGACUAGGAAUAGGAAUUCCGCUGUUUUUCUUAGCUGUUCUCGUAAUGGUCAUUAUCUGUGUGUAUUGGAGACGGAGUAAAGGAACAGGUGGUUCUCUGGGUUCAUCUGAGGAUGGUUUUGAGAACGGGGGUCCAGGGAAGUACUUUUCUUCGGGAAUAGCAACGAAGAUUGACAGUUGGAGAAGACAGGGAACUCCAUAUUCGCCAAAUUUCUGGGAAGGGACAACCACUAUGCAGACAGUGAGACGUGGGAAUGAUGGAUUUGAUGAUUUCAAUACAGGAAGAGAACCUCGUACUUAUGACAAUGGUGAACAAUCUACUUUCUCGUGGGAUUUUAUGUAUCAGGCUUUACAACCUCAUGAAAGAUUUCAGAUAAGAAGACCUGAAGUAAGAUCUCAGCCUUUAGAUACUGAGUGAUUCCUUAAAAGAACUAUUUACCUUGUGUUCAGCGACACGUCAAAGUGCCAUUACCUUCACACACCAGUGUAGUGAAACACUAGUACUCUAAUGUGUAACAGGGCGAUAUAGACUUAAGUUCAUUAACCUUGACAAUGUUGCUAUGUUUUAUAUUUGCAUAGUCCAAAUACUAUAUUUCUUUAAAAAUCAAAAUUGUUAUUAUCAUAUCCAGUCAUGUUCGCCAGAGUUUUUGAGGUAACCUACUGUUGAAUGUGACUUUUUGUGUGCAUGUAUUAUGUAUGUCUAUUUCACACGAGUUUGGAUAUAUUAGAGGCCAUUAAAAGACCUUUACCUUGGACCAAAACACAACACUGACCUUUAGGGUGCCUAAUUCAUGAACUAAAACGUAUUGAUAUAACCUUUGCGUAACCUAAGCCAUGUACCGAAUAACCUAUAUUCUGAUUUGUUCAUCUUCAUAUGCUUAUCACUGUAAAACUAUGUAAACAUUUCUUAGUAUCAUUUCAGCAGUUUCAUAGGUUAAUAUUACAUUUAUAUAUCGAUGCGAUGUAUCGCAGUAUGCUCAAAGUAAGUAAUGCAGAAUGUACAACCAUUAUAAUGUAGCAAAUAUCAAUAACAUGGAAAUUUAUGUCGAUGCUUGUAUGUGAAAUGAAUCCAAGAUUUUCAUUCUUCAUUCGAAAAAACAAUGUCGGCAAAUUAUGUAGAUGUAUUUCAUGUUCGCUUAUUGUUUUUUAUUCUAUAUGUAAUAGUGAAUUAUUUUCAAUGGACAUGGUGUAAAUCAUAAGUAACUAUUUGACUGGGAUAAUGAGGUAUAUCUUUAUAUGAAUGUCUGUAUGAAUAUAUGUGGUGACGACAAAAACAGCAGGUAUCUUUAUAGCUUUAAUGUUUAUAUAUUUCAUAUAUUUUAUAUUUACUUUCAUUAUACACCUACUAUUUAUACAUUUUGUACGAAAAUUACAUAUGAUAAAAGGUUGAAUUUGUG